UUGCUUUUUGGUGUCACACUUUUUCUGUCAGUUCUUGAAAAUGUGACUUUGAACAAACAUCUUCUGUUGAGUCCAUCAAGAUUUGGAUUAGGAAGAUUUAACUCAUAUGUUGCUGCAGUGUUGUGUAACUUUUUUUUAUACUACUGAUAUUAAUAUUUAAUUUGUGUUUUUAUAAUUUUUAUAUUUAAGUUGUUAUUUUUUGGCACCAUGAGAAAAGUGACCUGUGCCCAUCUAUGUAAAGUACUGAAAGUCUGCGUCUGCAGAAGGCAUUUAAAAUUCACAGAUGUAAAUGAAGCCUCCAGGCCAGGUUUCCUCAUGGUGCUUUCUUCUCAAUUUACAGUAUCACUAACAUGAAUGUGUUCACAGAGAACUGCUCCAGUCAGUUUUGUUGGCUACAAAGUCCGGUGGAUCACAAGGUCCCUCUUUCCUGUUGCUCCCUCUUUUUCUGCUGACCUUAGCAGGUGCCAUGGUUUUCACUGCAGUCUCACAGUCUCUCGGAGUUCUUGGUGUCCUUCACUGUCACAUAACAGUGUGUGGAGACUCCAUCCUAGUGGGUAGAGUCUGAAAAAGAGACAUGGCUGCUGACAGAGUCCACGCUGCUUUACCUGACCCUCCACUUCAGAGUGAAGAUGAUGACAAAGAGGAGGAGAAGACUUUUGGGAAUAUCUUUGCAGAGUUAGAGUCUGUGGACUUACCCCUGGGAACCACCUUAAGGUAAGCUAAUGGAAACAACUGAAGGGUUGGUAUCAUGUCAUCAGCUGAUCCAAGAGAACAGAAAGCUGUUUUUUUGUUGUUGUUUGUUUUGUUUAAAGGGAGAUAUUCAAUACCAGGUUCUUAUUCUUGUGUGCAUUUUUUUGCAUCUGCAUUUUUACUUUAUUUACUUAAAAAAAAAAAAAGCUUCACAAGAGGAAUUUAAUUUCUGGCUUCAACCAUAAUAAUUUUCAGACAUGAUAAUUAACUGCAUAUGUUUAUUUACAUUCCAUUUUGUGCAAUAAUCUUCUUUUUUAGCUAUUAAUUAAAUAUAAAAACCAAAGACAUGAUUCUUUGUUCCAUUUGAGUAAGACUGCAAUUACAAAAUCAUACUUCAAAAAUAUUUUUUGACCCAAAUAAGUACAGGUAAUAAAUAAAUGGUGACAUAUUUACAAACCCUUUCUAAUCAUCUUACUUACAACAUCAAAAAUAGCUGCUGUGUUGUCUUAGGCUACAUUUUAAACAUGGGUAGGGAGGAUUUGAGGAUUUGAAGAUUUGUGAACAUCAGCAGUGAUUUUCAUCUUUAUAUUGUGUUUUUGAUGCUGACAGAAAUGUCAUGUAGAAAUGUAGGUCUGCAGCUUAAAUUUAGCAGAGGUAGAAAGAUAUCAUAUUCAAGUACAAGUACAGCAAAUCAUGUUUUACAUAAAGCUCCUCUGAGGAGUUUUUUUUACACUAAAUAGAUUGAAAUUCAUAAUAAUGCCUUCAAAAAUAUUUUAAACCAAACAAGAUCAUCAGGAACAAGAUUAUCAGUUUUAUACCAUAAUAUUUAAUAACUAACACUGGUUUUGGGGUGGGGGGUAUUUGUUAGCUGAGCAGCUCUGUUUUGACAAUAUCCACUUAAAUUUUCAGCUAUCAAAAGUCAGCAGGAUGUUGUUGUUUUUUUUGGCAGGAUGGGGAUGUCAAAAAUUGACAGCAACCUUUUCCCUUUGCUUUCACUUUGAAAUGAUCAGCCUUUUAAUUUCCCCACUGAGGGAUGAAUAAAGGAAUAUCCAAUGUAAUGUAAUAUUUUAUGUACGCAUUGAAAUAAAAAACCCUACCCCCUUGCCCCACUUUCAGAAACUCAAUAUCAUUGUAAAUUUCAGUCAAAAAACUCUUUAGCUACAUUGAGAUAUAUAUAUAUAUAAUUUCAGUGUUUUUCCUACUUGUGUAGGAAAAAAGGGUUUUGUCAACUUAGAUAUCCACAGAUGCAGGAUUUUCUUUAAAAGAUAUUAUUUCAAGAAACGUGUCAAAAAUAUUUUGCUUUCUGCUUGUACAGCCAUUUUGCAGCCAAGUUCUUAUUUUUGCCUUGUUCUAACAAUUCCCUGUAAAAUCUUCCAGGACUUCAGGGUGCAGGGAGCAUCUAAAAAGUGCAAACCUGACAAAAAUGCAACAAUAGAUCUAGGCUCUUAACAUCUUAGUAUGUUAGAACAAUAAGUAUGGGAAAAUAUGCUUUGACAUUAUGUUAGGGACAUGAAUCACCCCCACAUCCUCACUGCCAUUACAACUGAACUAGUACUUUUUAAUAAUGGGCUUUCUACAACUUUUGAACCCACGUACUUUUACAGACUAGGUAAAUUUUUCUGUUAUAUUUAAGCUGUCGUUUGUAUUUCUGAACAAGUUAAAAGGGUGGCUAUUUUGAAAGAAAUUUUUUUUAAGUGCAAAAAAGGUGCCUACUAUGUUAAAUUCAUCCUUGAUAUCGUCAAGUUUACAGACACGUAGUUCUCUUAUUUACAUCAGUUGAUACAGUAAUAUGCAUUUUACUGUCGUGCAGCGGCCGUGCGCCCCCUACAGGCCAACCCUCACACUGACCUGAACUCUGCUGUAGCUGCAGUCAGUCACAGCCAUAACACACACAUACACAUAACAAUCAUGGCGGAGAAUGAAACCCUGGAGUGUAUAACGGAGCACGAGCGGAUUUUACAGGAAAUAGAGAGCACCGACACGGCUUGUGUCGGUCCCACUCUCCGGUAAGAAUUAACGCCCUUGUAGGAAGCUGUUGACGGUUAUAACGGAUGUGUGUCUGUUUGCGUCUCUUUCGUUAUCAGCCCUUUUGUUCAUAGACUAGCUUAGCUGCACCGGUAGGCUAACAUUAGCAUCAUCAGGCUGUUGAAAUGAAGCAUGAGCUCAGAGCUAACAGGCCAACACUGACCACUGUCUCAGCUCAAUGCAGCUCUGCUAAAAUGCUGUUCGAGGGGCUUUCUCGGACCCUCGGAGUGGAUGGACCUGUCAAAUGUAACCCAAACAUCAUUUGUGGGUGUGGCUGUGAGACUCACAUCUUCUUAUCAUUACACAGCUAAUCUAAGCUAACGGUGCUAACAAUUGGUGCUAGUGGUUUAGCAGUGAAAUGUGAAAAUGAACCCAGCUGUCAGUCCGUUAUAACGGUACCAGGUGCGUCACAUUGACCCCCCGGUGCUGUCUUGUGGUUGUCAAAGAGCUGGACUGAAAUAGGAAGUUCAGAUGCCUGAGCAAACCGCCCCAUGACUACCGCACUGUUAAUGUUUGAUAGUCUGCUUCAAGGCCAGUAUGACAUUAUAAUGUCAGGCUACAGGCGUGACUGCGCACCUGUGAGUGUAUUUACUGCUUGAUACACACACCUGUCCCGUACACAUGCCUGCAGGCGGUGUUUCUCUUGCAGCAUACCAGGAAAAACAAGGCCCUGAGGUAACAUGAGCUCCUCUGUCAGCUUGUUCUGGGUGCAAACUAUGGUACUAAAAUAGAUAUGAUAUUGAGUUGUCAGACCUGUUGAAGAUUGACAGUCUUAUCCUCAUCUAGAGCAAAGAGUCUAACCUCUUAACCAGAGACACUUUUGUUUGUUUUCAGAAAUUUGGCCCCGUCCUUAUCUCUGUAUUUCCUGACAUGAUGUCAUCUUUGACCAGUCUACCAUCAAUAAACAACAAGCUGAGUGUGUAUCAGAAUCAGGACCAGGCUAUUGCCAAAUAGGUGUACACUUAAAAAGAAUAAUCUUGAUGUUUUGGUGCUUCACAGUGAACACAGAAUAACAACAGAAAUGAAAAACGAAUUAUAUGAAAGAAAACAUGGAUUAUUGUACAUGCAUCGAAGUAAACAGCUUUCAGCAGCAGUGCUUGGACUGUCAAAGAACCUUCAACAGGAACAUAUACAGUGAAUGAAACAGUAUAAAACCAUACAUCUGAAAAAAAUAUACAAAUUUCCCUUCACUUGAACUACUUAUGGUUGUUAAAACUGAAAUGCAUUGUUACUGUUUAAGAGCUCAUUGAUAAGUCUCAUUAAAACAUUUACAUUGACCUACAGUCACACAGUUGAAAAUCAGUGUGACUUCCAGCCUCCUGAUUCCCUGCCUCUGUUCACCUGUAAAUCCCUCUAGCUGCACGUCUCUGAUUACCGCCUAUGCUCAGGUGCGCCGGUGAGGAGCAGCUGCAGCAGUGUUUGCAUGCAAUCCAGCUUCUUUGUAGAAAUGACAGGGAAUUUCCUGCCAGUCAGUAGUGUGACCUCAGUCAGCAUGAUAAACAUGAGGUGGACACCAAAAUCGUUAAAUAUGUUAUGAGUUAUCUAUGAGAUGGGAUAUGUAGAUUAUCUGUUAAAAAUGAACAGUAGAUAUAACUCAGCUCACAUUAAUAUUUGUUAUGUUAACAGUUAAUAAAUUUACUCAUACCAAAUACAAUAAAUUAUCAAACGAUACAGCACUCAUCAUGCUUAUUUUACCUUGUAGAAAGAUGCUCUCACACCAUUUUGAUGCAGUCAAAUGAAGUUUGAACCACUCUCAGAUUUCUUUGUGAUAAUUUAGUGAUAAAAACUGAUGUUGGAUGUAUCUUGGAUUCAAGAGAUACUUGUUGCAAACUAAAGCAUUGUGCAACAGCGCAAAGAGAAAAGAAAUUGAAUUAUUUGGCUUAUACAAACUCUAUAUUAUUACUUUAUCUUUAAAAUUUCUGAAUGAUAUCACAUGAUGUUAUCAUAUGUCAUGUUUUUCCAUAUUAUGCUGGCUUCGUGUCAGGUUAGCUGGUAAAAGAGUAAUCUAAGGGGUGAAAAAUAUUAUCUUGGUAUAGUUUGAAGAAAAUAGACUUAAGCUCUCAAUGUAUAAGAGACUAAUAACAGUUUUUUAAGUGUAUUUCUUAGAGUAGUUACGUUUUGCAUACAUUUGACCAUCACAUUUAUGGUUUUACAGUUGUUUGUACAUUAAAAUAAGAAUAAAUUGCUAAUGUAGGCACUUGAGGAGAAAACACAAAUAACAUAAAGCUUAAGCUUUUUGACCAUUUAUGAAUGAUUGCAUUGUGUUUAAAGACAGGAAGCAGACAAUGAUGAUCAGCAAAUACUUUUCCAUAAACAUUAAAAUAAAUGAGAAGAAAAUAAAAAAUAAGAACCAACCAACCAACCAAACAAACAAAAAAAUUGUAUUUGUGUGCAUCUGCUGUUCUUUAUGCUUGAACAAUCAGUGUCUUUUUUAAAAUGUCAAAGUCUCCCUCCUAAAUUGAGAAUAGAUUCAAAUAGCAGGGAUUUUUUACACCUAUGAUUUGGUACCAUUUAAUCUGCUGGCUAUAGAUCUAACUGCAUCAAAAGGGUGUGGAAGAAAGCCUCAGCUAUUAAUCUAAAAGGUCAAAUGUGAACAUGCUGAGUUACGUAGGAUGCAUCUGUUCUUUGCUUUAAACUGUUUUAUUUAUUGCGGUAAAGUUAGACUUUUGUGUUUAUGGAGAAUGCUCACAGUGCAACAGUGAUGAAAUUUCAGUUCAUUGUGCAGAUGGAUGGUUAGACUGACGGACUGAUUCGCCACAGUCAGUCAGAUGACUUAUCAUUAAGUUUGUUUACAGACUUGUAGUACCAUAGUUGAAUCCAGUCCUUUUUUUCAAUGUUGCUUGUAUCCUUCUGUAAGGAUCAUAACAGCACUGCACAUUUUGGAAGAUUCAGCUGUGAAUUGGGACCAAAACCACAUUUUCAGAAAAAGGUGUCCGUAGUGUCUAUGACCAGGAAUGGGAAUAGAGAACUGGUUGUAGAUUAGAACCAGUCCCAACUAGUUCAAACCAUCAAAAUCAUUUGCCUUUGUACUUAGCGGUUCCCUUCUUGCUGUUGUGUACAGCUAAAUAAUAUUGAGCUUGCAAUAUCAGCUCCAAAUAGAACAGUAAGAUGUACCAACAUCCACUCACUGUGUGAGACCAGCAGCUUUCCAGAAAUCCACUCAGUGCUUUUAUGACAUCCAGGGGCUUCUCCAUCCCACAGAGAAGAUCAGUAUCUUUUCACAGACUAUGGAGGUAAUCUGUAAUGAUUUAGGUAUUAAUUUAAGUCAUAUUGAAUGAUGUCUGAUAUUAGCUGACUGUAGUAAUGGAUGGCUGCCAUAUUUGUAAUGGUUUGUUGACCAAUCAGAGGCUGUAUGGUAAAGCAAAGGCUCCUUUUAAAGGGAAUGAAUGAAGAAUAUGAUUGUAGAAUUGAUAAUGACGUCAGCAUUAAUACAAGUUUAUUGAUCCCCAUCUUUAAAUAUGACACAGUGUUCUUACUUGUGUAACACAUCUAAAUUUUUGAUAUGAGAAUCAGGGCUCAUGCAGGCUGUUGAAACAAGCAUCUGAUGUUUACUUUGAAAUCACAAAAGCAGGAUAUUUAAACAAAAGUCUGAUCGGGACCAGGAUACGCAGCACGUUAGCACACUCACUGAUGUUCAGUCUACAGUCAGCACUGUUCAGGCCCAUGUGAUCAUGAACAUAUUUGCUGACACUCCUGAGCCUGUUGACAGAGUCAAAUCAGCUUAAACCGACUGUCUUUUAGCAGUAUGGUCUCUGAAGUCUUUGGACUACUGAACUUUGAAUAACACAGGUUAUAAUAUAGAUGUUGUGGUAAUGAGGACUUGUUUUUCCUCUUUUCAACCACCAGUUCAGUCUAGUGAUUGCAUAAACACCUUUUUACAUUUGUGGAGCAAGUCUAUGUCUGUGUCUGUCACUGCUCCCACUCCAGUGCCACAGGGACGAAGUUAGUGAUAGGUUAGAUAUUCAACAGAGAGAGGUGAAAAUGAGUUUCAUAUACAACCAUGGACUUUACUCCUCAGUACUGCUGCAGCUGCCUCGCCUGUACUUCUCUAUAGUGUCAUUUUCCCUGCAGCCACAUAGAGUUGCAUGAUCAUUACACUGUCUGAAGACUGUCCACGCCUUUAAUCGUUGCAAAGUACAUCACCGCUAUGUCCUCAUUUCACUGAAGCUCUGCAGAAAAAGUCUGAUGAACUUUAUUUUAUGUUGUUCACGUGUAACUGGGAUUUUGGAUGUUGUUGAAGAAAUUGUCAGAAGAAAGUGUCCAACAUCCCUCCCACCUCAGGAUGACCCACUCAGAUUAACUGUGAUUUGUUUCAUCAGUACACAGAGGACACUCUAAUCGAGCUUAGACUCCUUUCCUGGCAGGAAGCAGGCAGAUAGUGAGUGAUUUGUUUCAGUAUGUCCACCUGGUUUCAAUUAUUAAUGAGACAAAAGAGGAACUGAUCUUUACUGUGCUGUAUGAUGUGCUCAUGUCCGGUUUGCAUGUGCAAUGCUUAUUCCUCUGAAGUGUAGUUUUACAUUCAGGGAAGUUCUUGAAGAGUGGCCAGCCUUUUAGCAGUUUUUAGAGUUUAUAGGUGUAACAAAACUCCUUUCCUUACCAAGUCUUUAUAGUUAUUCAUUACUUUGCUCUGUUGAUGUGUAGAAAUUGACCACUUAAAAGUAUAUUAUUAAGUGUCAAAUAUAUAUAUAUAUCCUUUUCCACAUGUCCUAUUCAAACCUUUCUGUACAGCUGUGUAGAAACAAGGCUGAACAUUUGUGUAGGUGAAGCCGAAUCUAAUUUGAUUAACAAAAAUGUCUCCAGCUGGUGGCGGCUGAGGACCUCCAAAGGUUAUGAAACAGACAGGGUUUGUUGGCAGUGUACUUGUUGUCAGUCUGCAAAAAAGGGUUUGAAGUAUUUGGUCUGUGAAGAGGAAAUACUGUGUGAAAAUAUGGGAAAUUGAACCAUGUGUGCAAAAUGUAUUGAAUGACACAGGAAUUUCACAUGUUACUGUCAUUGGAAAUCAUAGUAUCUGAUAUGCACACCCCUGCCUCCUCCUGCUCCUCUCCCUGCUCUCCUCUCAUCACCUGUUUUAUAGCGCUGAUCAUUUUUACUGUGUUAUCCCUCAUACAGACCUUAGAGAAGAUUUCUCUAAGGUAUGCAGUAUGCUUUCAGUGCAACAAUCAACUUUGCAUCCUACUAUGGAAGUUGUUUGUCUAGUUUGAUAGAGGAAAACCAGGAUUCCCUUUAACACUGAUAUAAAUGAUGAUUCUUUGGAUCAGCAUGAAACACAAAAACAAAGUCAGUUCAUGACCCUAUUUUGUAAGCAGAGGUGUCAAAAACCAACAUCACUUGACUUACUAGUGUAUUUCAGCUGUGCCUGAGUUGUGUCAUGACUUUUAGAAAGUGUGUUUAUAAGCACACACCAAUUAUGUUUGGUAAAGUUUUCUUGUAAGCUCUUACUCCAUCUGUACUCUACCUUCACUUUAUUUCUGUGUGGGAGUCAGAGCCACAGCCAGUGGCACAGAAGGAAACUGUGUGGAUCCUGGAUCCUGACACAAGCUCACUGGACAACCAUAUCUAAAAUUUAACCCUGCAUGCAAUCAGUUUGAAGACUGAACACUGCAGAGUGAACACAUGAAUUUAUUACAGACUUCGAACCAAAAUAUGAGUGAGUCAUUUUACAGAUGUGUGAAGCAGUGUCUUACUGUUGAAUAUAAAACAGUUAUAGCAUGUGCUCAGCUGCCCCUCAGGUCAUAGCUUGUUUUUUCAUUUGUCUGCAGCAUUAACUGAAAUCUGUGCAGUUGCUGUGCGGCACUCAUGUUAAGAAGAAGGCUUGACCUCCUGAUUCAGUCGAUUUCUAUGAAUGUUUGUUACUAUGACCUUCAGUUCUGGUUAAAAACCUUCUGCAGAAGACUGUUUAUGAUGGUCUUCUUGAGCGAAUCAACAGUUGGAUCUGAACAAAACUACCAUCUUCACAUUUAUCCUUGACUGUUGGACAAAUGAUGGCCAUGCAGAUAAACUAUGAUAAUUAAGUACUGUUAGAUGAGGGUGGAGCCUUAUUUAUUAUCCCAUCAUGUUGUUAACAGCCAGUUUCUUUUGGGUGUUGGUGGUUUAACAGCUAAAUGUUGCAGACUGAAAACACUAGAGUUGAGUGACCAAAUAUAACAAAGUGCUUUACAAACCAAAACAACAUAAAGAAUCAAAGAAAAGUGUGAGGAAUAAAAUGACCUUCGGUUUAAAAAGUUAUGAUUCAACAACAUAAGAGACUUAAGAAAUAACUGAAUAGAAAGAACAUACACACACACACACACACACACUCAUACGUCAGCCAGGACUAUUGUAGAGAAGUUAUUAUCAGGGGUUACUGACACCUCAGAGACGUUCAGAAUCAUACCAUUGCAACAAACUAUCUGACCUCUCAAUGACUGUAUGAAUUUAGUACUUCACUCCUCUGUCACUGGAUGGCGCUGUUAUCUCCAGCUGAAGUGAAGUGAAGAGGGUUCACAGUGUCAUCAGAUCAUUUCCAGAGUCUAACUUCAUGUGAAAAACCAACUUCUGCCACGUUUGAACCUCAGGUCUUUGCUCAGUAAUGAAUUUGAUAGCUGAAUGGAUUAGUCAUGUAGUUUGUCCUUUAACACGGGGGGCUUGUUGCUCACUCCUGUAAAUGUUAACCAUUGUAAAGGAAGGUGUUUUUUUCCAGCCCGCUGUCCUUCCUCUGUUCUGACUUAUAUACCUCACAGUGGUUUCAAGCUAUGAAAAAACACAACGACAACCUUGUCAGCCUUCUUUGCUCUUGUGGGUCACAAAGAGGAAUUUAUAUUAUUUUUUUGACAACCAGUUAAAAAGUCUGGUUUGUACUUUAACAGUGAGGGAAUAAACCAGAUAUUCAUGAGAGCUAUAAUGAGUAGGAAGCAGCUUAUUGAGGUGAGACUGAAGUAAAGAGGGAAAAACUAUUUACUGCUAUUUCUAUUGAAUGAUUUCUGUUAAUUUUCCUUAUCCUCUGAAUACCACAAGAUGGCGCCAGUGAUACACAAGCUGUAAGAAGUGCACUACCCCAUAAUCUCAAGGAUACAGUCAAUCACAUCAGCAUGUGCCACUUUCUUUUCACUCGCUCCCUAAAGCUGAGGCAGACUGUAAACAUGACCUGUAUUUGUGUACCUACACAGUGCUGUUAUCUUCCCGGAUAACAGUAAAGUCAAUUACGUCAGAAAAUCUGCAGCGAACUUGAAAUUUCUCCUCUUUCCAGGACAUUUCUAAGAUCUGUUCUUUUUACCAGAGGAGGAGAACCUAAUCAGUGCAUCAAACCAAAUGAGACUAUAAGAUUUAGUCAUAUUCCAGAGCUUUAGUAGCAAACAAUUGACCACCCCGCCCUAGUUUACUUUGAUCAAACUGGGUCCUCAAAAAUCACAUAACCCCUCUAUACAACUAGUAAGAAGGGCUGCCAAAUACACACCUGAUAUCAUAGAUAAUAUCUGAAGCAGUCAGACAGAUGGCAAGAUGAUUAGGUGUGUGUUAGUGAAGCAGAGGGAUGGGGUGAGCUGCUGAAGCAUUAGUAGGCAUUUAUGUUUGACUUCAGACAACAGUGUUGUCAAAGUCUGUAUAUCAGCUCUGAUGCUGUUUGAUCAUUUUUACCAGAUGCUUGAGGUCAGUGUGGGCCAAAGUCUUUCUGUCCCAGUCCAGCCCCAGCAGCAGGUUAGAUACUGGAUACUGUAGAACUAUUUCUAAUUGUUGAGCACUUUUUGAAAAUCAGUAGAUGAAUAACAUGAUUAUUAUUUUAUGCACAAAGUUCCCUCAACAAUCAGAGCGUUUUACAGUAGGAACAUGAUAACAAAGUGUGUGUUUCUCUUUUGCCUUGAGCAGUAAUGGGAGGGUGGGCAAAGCAAGUAGAGAGAACAUUAUGGCGUGUCCUCUGACAUAAAAAAAAUAUUAUCACACCUGUUGGAGGCCAUAAACAGCUUUAACUUGCCUGCAGACUGCAAGUUGAAUAACCAUGUUGAAGCCCUGAUCGUAUCAAGACUGUUUGCAGGUUAGCUGAAGUACCAAACAGGAAACAGUGGCGCCUGGCGCAAGGUCAUUAAGUCUACUCCAGCUUUUAUAUUCUAGGGAGACAACAUCAGUCAGUCUCAGUUAUCAUGUUUAAGCGUAAAAAGACUAAAUCAUAAUCCAAAUCCGUGCUUUUCCCUUUUUGUGGCUUACAUCGUAUGUGUGCUGCUCCUCUGCUGUCUGCAUGUCAGAUAAGACACACACAGAUAUACUUUGCAUAAUGCACUCUGAUAGAUUCGGCCAUGUCAACAUCAGGAUGCAUCAUAACACAAAAAUGCUGCCACCCACUGCUGCAAAAGCAGUACCACAACAACUGCUGCAGUUACCAUUAACUGGAGCUACAGCCCCGGCUGGUGGUGAGUGGCUGUGUUACAUCUUAGACACGACACACAAACGGCAGGCAUUCAGAAAUCAAAAAAAAAAGUAGUUUGAAUGAUUAUAGUUUUGGUUCCAAGUUGUUCGGGUGAAGACGUUCAGUGUAAUCCUCUAAAGGUGUACAUUCCUACCAGAUACUCAUAUGUAUUUCUCUCUUUCUAUACAUCUUCACAAGCACACACAGACACACACACACAAACGCAUGUACAGUUUACAUUCUGCCAUCUGUCUGUUGAAACUUGGCCAGGAUAUGACAGCGGUCGUGCGUGUGUGAGUGCGUGCAGGAUGACUGGUAGUGAUUCAUGGCGUGGUUCUUUGCAGUGAUGUGCAAACAGCUGGUCAUCUCAGUCUCACAGUCGUGUUGAUUUUCUUUUUUUGUCGGGUUGUUGUUCGGCGUACAGGUCAGAUAUGUGUCAUGUAAAUAUUCUUUUCUAGACUCUUAGAUAUAGUUAAAUAUGAAUCUUUGUUCGUACAGCAGUGUUACCCAUGAUUCACACUGGUCAUAUUUUACAAUGCAGGUCUAUACAGGUUAGCUUUAUUACUCGAAUCAGAGUUAAUGUUUUGUAGCCCCAGCAAAGAUGUAGUGUAGUAUAAGUCAGUAGUGCAAAUGUGUUGAGUCAACUCCUCCAAGAUGCUAAUUGACAAAUAAAAUAUGGCCACUUUGUUUUUUUGCCCUCUUUCCCUCCUUUUCCUUCAUCACAUCAUCCUAAACCUCUGUUUUUCUCUGUUUUUCUUUGGAUCAGGUCCAUUUACGAUGACCAGCCCAACGCCCACAAACGCUUCAUGGAAAAGCUGGAUGCCAGGAUAAGGAACCAUGACCGUGAGAUUGAGAAGAUGUGCAAUUUCCACCACCAGGGUUUUGUGGACGCCAUCACAGAGCUCCUCAAAGUCCGAGCUGAUGCUGAAAAACUGAUGGUAAGAAAGAUUUCUGUAAAGAGGACUACACCAGGGACCAGAGGAGGCUGUAAAAGGCCAGUGUGGUCUAUAAACUUGGGUGACCACAUUAAUGUGAGAUUUUUUUUCCCCUAAAUAAGCCAUCACGUCUACGAAAGGCUGAGUGAUUGACCAACAUCCAUUUUAUUUAGAUAUUGAUAAAUGAAUGAGAAGGUCAGCUGAUGUGCAAAAAUCAGGCUUUCAUGUCAUUUCCUGUACGGUCUUCACACCAACAUGACCUCCUGAUGGCAAAGGCAAAAAGACUUUCUGUCUUUGAACGUGGCAGGAUUGUUGAGCUGCACAAGCAAGGCCUGCGAGGUUGGAUGCUGUAAGACAGUCAAUUCAAGUCAUGGACCCUGAAAAAUUACACCUGUACUGAGCCUAAGGAUCUGACGGGCCGUCUGUAAAGACACAAGACCAUCCUGGACCCAAAUUAAGGCCCUUAUUGAAUCCAACUGCAGCCCAAUAACCAUAAGGCAGCAUCUGCAAAAAAAGGACUCUAAGUGAAAAAACAUCUUAAAAGGCCACAUAAUCUAAAUCCCAUCAAGAAUCUUUGAGGAUGAAGGGCAAGGUAAGUCUACAAUAAUGGACGCCAGUUCCAGACCACGGAUGCCCUUCCUGAAGCCAUCUUCACCACAUGGGGCAAAGUUCCCACCAGCCCUCUGGAAACACUCCCAUCAAGCAUGCCCAUCCAACAAUUUGAAGUCAUCAACAAGAACGAGAGGGCGACUCCCUCCUGAGUCCUUUUUGGACACUUUUGGCUCUAUUUUGUUUUUUGUUUGCCUGUGGUCUUAAACCAAGGGACAAAGUAACCAUGACGACAGAAAGGCUGGAGCUAUUACAAGUGUAAAUGUAAAUGAACAUUAAACUGACAUUGACAUCGGUCCUUAUCAAUAGAUAUAAUUGUGAUUUUGAUUUUCAUCAUUAUCAAGCAGGCCUUCUCCAUCCCGGUGGACUUGAAAGUUUCAGAGACAGCGGAGCUUUCAGCGUCACUGUCUUUGCUUUCGUGGAGUCCCUCUGCGGCAUUGUUGCGCUGCCGCUCAGUAAAAGAAGAGACAGUGAUUAUGUAGUUGGUCCUGCUUGUUUGGAAGCUCCGCUGUUGAAAGGAUUGUCAUCAAAAAGCCGACUGGUCAUUUGGGUCAUGGCUCUCAGCCGUGUGACAAGAGCCGAGAGUUCAAAAAUCCUCAUCCAGAAUCGAGAAGUUUGUCACUGAAUCUGUGAGAAAGAGCCUGUCACAAGCCAUUAAACCCCAUGAAAGGCCCAGUGCACCAAUGAUGGGUUCAGGUCCCUGCUGCCUGGUUAAUCUGAAUUUGCCUGCUUUUGUCCCGACCCCUUCAUGGACAAUGAGCUGAUUUCAAGGCUGAGCAGCUGCGGUGAGGGAGGUAGAGAGGGAAAAGAGAGGGCAAGAAGAGGGGGAGCAGACAGGGAGGAGAGGGACGGAUAGACAUGUGACAGCAAGUUAGCUGAACCAAGACCAAGGUUUUUAUACUUUGACUGAACGCUUUUAACCUCGACAACAUCCUGGUUUUCACAUGCUCCUUUGGAAAUGUGGAGACUAAAACUACAUUUGGGACAGAAACCUCAAAAAUUAGUGAUUUGAUCUUCAAUAUGCUGCAUGUACCAGUACAGCUUUAAAUAUUAGGCUCUUAAAUUUAACUAGAUUUUCUAUUUUUGUCAGCAAAUUCAUCACUCUGUUACUGUAAUGUACCAUUAUAGCCUUUCACAGUUGGACAUAUAUUUUCUAAUGUAAGAAACAUCCCAGAGCUCAUUGAGAUAAGGAUGAGGGGGUUUUGGAGAUAUCGGAGAUGUAAACUGGGACAUCUUAUCAGAGGAGAAGUAAAUGUUAAUAUCUCUGAUUGUAAAGGUUCAUCUGGAGUUUUUCAGGUUAAAUCCCAAAUAUAACAGUAUAUCAUAUGGAGUCCUAGAACAGUCAAGUUUAUGAAAGAGUUCAGAAGUUGUGUAGUUUGGGGCCCAAAAGACCAAAUAGCUCAAAUUACAAGGGGCUGCUGACAUCUGUCACAUUGGUCCACGACAUAAAGAUAUGUCUCAGGUAGUUACUAAAGUCAAGACUGUAAAAUAUCUGCUUCUGCCUUGUACCAUAAAUCUAAUGGGACUCUCUCAUUUUGCUCAUUUUGAAAAUGUCCUUUUGUGCAACAGUUAGAUCCACUGAGGUGUUGAUCUAGUUUUUUUGUUUUUUUAAUCUCUGGCUCAGAGGGAAACAAAGCGGAAGAUCUGACUCUCAGCUGUUAUUUUUUAAGGAUGUUGUGAAGAUAAAUCCUCAGGCUGUGCAGCUAAACAUUUGUCUGUGUUUCUUUCAAAGUGUCAGGUGACGGACACUAAUCGAAGGCUGCAGGAGGCUGGACGGGAGGUGAGUUCAUGCAUGCAGACAGAAUCUUUAAUCCUAAUCUCAGGGGUGAGCGCAUGAUGGCAACAGGACUGGACCUUACCAGUCUCUUGUUUGUUCUCUCAGGUGACAGCUCAGACAGAGGAGGUGAUUCGCUGCCGCAUCCAGCAGAGGAACAUGGCCACCACCGUGGAGAAACUCCAGCUCUGUAUCCCAGGUACCUCAGCAGCUUUGAUGACCACCUUAUCUUGAAUGUUAAUGAGACAGCCACCUGAGUGACCUCAGAGACAGAUGAUGCAUCUGAACCACAUUCAGGCUGGCGACUCAAGCCCAGAUGACUCAAGAGUCAACUGGGCAGAUGCUUGAAACACUGGAUAGCUACACAACUGUGCAACUAAGGCACUGUAAAUUCAGAGGAAUGAGGGAAAACAUGAUUUUUGAUUCUGUAGUUUUCACACAGAAGUUUGCUAAACACUGUCACUCCAUGCUCCCAUAAACUGCACUAAAACUUGAAAUAGUUCAGAAGUUACACAAAAGUUUAUGUUUUGUUUUUCAUGACUGUGUCUUUGUGAGCAAAUGUUAAUAAGAGCAGAAAAGUGUGUGAAAUGGUUAACAAAACAAACUCCUGUGUUGUUGCUGGCUGCUGCUGAUUUCUUUUUUUCUGUGCAGUGCUGGAAAUGUACAGCAAACUAAAGGAACAGCUGGAAUCCAAAAGGUAACCAUUUCUUCACCAUAUGUCUGAAGUUUAACUGAGAUCAACAAAUAAAAUCCAGCUUUCACAGGCUCAUUUUUUCAACACAUGGCAAUGAUGCAGUGAUGUAUUUUGAUGUGGAAACUAAUGACACCAUCAGAUUGUGUCUGUGGUCGCAGGUGAAACUGUAGACCACUGAAGACAGUGAAAGACUGCUCUGUAACAAAACUCUCAGUUCCUUUCAGUGUGAAGAAAAAUGUCUGAACAGAAUUAUCUCGUUCAUUUUUCAAUCCUACCAAACCAUCUGCAAACUUUCACAUGCCUGAUGCAGGUUUAGGACCCCAUCUCUGCUGGUCCACUGCUGUCGAAGUUAGUUUGAACUUCAUUUUUACCCCAUGAACUUCAUGUUUGGCAGUAAAUGACAUGCCUGUCUGUAUGAAGUGGAGAGGGGGGCUCACUUUGAACAGGAAAAUAAUGACCCUUUCUUGUUCAUUACUGUGUACCAAAGGAAGCAGCCAUUCACUGGCAGGACAAUUGACCCUCAGUGUGCCCUUGUUCACAACAAGGCCGCCUCUCUGCGGCUCUUUCACAGCCCUCAGCCAAUCCAAGGCAAUUAGACCAUGCUGACUAAUGACAUGGUCUAUACACACCCUAUAAAUUAGAAAGGGUUGGUACCACAAAAACGCACAUUUUAUCUGUACUCUAUGUGCUGGUGCCCGGGACACAUUCCCUUCAAUGUCCUGCCACUUGCAGCUUUUGUGUCCUCCGUCCUGGAGCUCUGCACUCUGACAAACCUUUUCACUGUACAGUUUAUGAGACUGUCUUCUGUUCAUGUGUAUACAACACAUUUUACACUCACUGACCGACCAAUUAGAUCCCUUCACAGCCUGCCUAUCAGCCUAAUGAUGGGAGCUCAGCACACUGACCCCAGGCUGAACCCUUGUGUUGUGUGCACACUAUGAAAGACCUCAGAAUCUGUAUAACUCAGGUGGCUGAAUAGGCAUUGAGGAUAAGCUGUCCGGCAGUGCUGCAUGCAAUGCAUCAGACUUUCCCUUAAAAUGCAAACGAUUGGUCGGUUCGCAGGGAGCUGAAGACGACAGCACCGUCCCUCCAAGAGUGGACAAGUGCUCAAAACUAAAGACAGUGUCUCCUCCUGAGCAUCAUUGAGGUGUCCUGCUGUUCAUACAACGACCCUUAGUUUUAAGAAAAACAAGCAGACAUUAACUCAAGAUAACUAUAUCUACAGUAUAUGUCUAAUCCGUUCAAUUAGCAGCAAUAUAGCAAAAAACGCUGAUCUGACAAACCUUAGAUAAACUUUAAAUUCAUGAAUUUAAUUAUUGAUCUGACCUUGUGUGAGACCAGGAAAAAGUGCUUCAGUUGUUGCUGUUGCAUACAUUUUUUUUUCUUUUUUAUAUAUAACAUUUUUUAAAUAGUUCUAAGUAAACUUUUUUUUAAUUAUCUGUGUAAUUAUCUGAUGAGUGUACUUAUUCUUCUUCUAUGUUUGCUCUGCUCAACCUUUGCUGCUGCAACACUGCAAAUUUCCCCACCCUGGGAUGAAUUUAGGUUUAUUUUAAAACCUGAUUGUGUAGUGUACUUUUUAUGGUGAUAUUAUUGUAUAAUUAGAGCUAUACUUUUUAUCUCUGCAGAUACUACGCUGCACUGAAAACCAUGGAGCAGUUAGAAAAGGUCUACAUCCCCAGGUAAGGUUUGAGUUUCUACAAUCUUUAAAGAAUAUUUCAAAGAUUGAGGGAAAUUUGUUAAUGCUCUGUCUGUAUGUGAGAGUCUUUGCAGUUGGUAAAUCAAUGAAAUUAUUAAUGUGAUGUAAAAAAUGUUGAUUUUAUUGAUAACCUAGCUUUUAGGUUCAGAGCCGUGAGUAAUGCCUCUUUUCUGAAAGCAUGGCUCAAACAUUUGGGAUUAAUUAUAAAGAAAUGAACAAGAUUUUCUCUUAAAUAUGUAAAAGAAGUAUGUUUUUCUCUUUUACGAGAAGUUUGUCUCACUAUCUUAUACUUAAGUUUAAAUCAGGUAAAGCGUUUACUUCACUUUGUUGUAGUUUUGAAAGCAGACUGACGUGAAGUUUUCAUGUCUGCAUAAAAAAUUGUUCCGUUUUAUUUAACCAGACAUGUAGAGCUCUACUAUCAGUACCGCUCUUAUUUUGUUGGCCAAGGCUAAGAUCUUUUCCUAAGUCUAACAAAGUGGACUGGGUAAAUUACAGCACACUUUAUACUUGUGCUUGUUUUGAGUUUUUAAAUGGAAAAGGCCCAAUAUAAUUCCAAAACCAAAGAGGAAAUGUUUCCAUAUUCCUAUAAUGCUCCAGUAAUGUUGUUUGAGCUUGGAAUGAUCUGUAGGUGGCGUAUUUUCUUUAUUUUUUAUGUUUACCUGCUGUAGUCCUGCAUUUCUCUUCAACAGGAGUUUCAGUCAUGCUGUUUGUAUGUUUUAGCACAUUUCAAAGUGGUCCAAUCAUGAUCCAUCCCGCUGUGUUUCCUGCAGGGUGAGUCAGUACCGGUUCUGUCAGAUCAUGGCUGAAAACCUGCCCAGACUCCGUGAGGAGAUCAAAGAGAUCUCCAUGUCAGACCUCAAGGACUUCUUGGAGAGCAUCAGAAAACACUCCGACAAAGUUGGAGAGACCGCCAUGAGACAGGUGCGAGCAUUGGUGUUUUUAACAAAUCCCCCAACGGCUGCAGAGAGGUCUGUAUCAGCCCAGGGACCUGAGUCUGUGUUUGUCCUUUCAGGCCCAGCAGCACAGGACCUUCAACAGUGCUGUAGCCAAACAGGCCAGCACAGGCCACUACACCAAGCCUGUGUACUCCCUGAACGGACGGACACACACACACACUCACAAUGGCCUCAUGAUGGAGGAAGACUCGGGAGAGGAGGAGGAGGCUGACGAAGAGGUGAGGGAGCCCUGAGUGUAGAUUAGUACGACAUGAAGUGAUCUUAACCAGAUAUCUUUCCUCUGAGUGUUUACACCCUGUAUCGUUGCUGAUGCUAAAUUAUUUGAAUCGUGUUGAAAAAGUGUCAAAAGCGUCCUUUCAAACAUGAAAACAUUAUUUUUCAUUCGUGAUGAAUCAGUGGGAUCAUGUUUCUUCAUCUUCGUUGACAGGUGCUCACGGCUCAGGACCUGGUGGACUUCUCACCUGUCUACAGGUGUUUACACAUUUACACAGUGCUGGUAGGUGUCCUGCAGUCUGUCUCACACACUAAAUUACCUUUUCACAGGCCAAUUUGCAUGACCUCUGCUCUUUACUGAUGGCUUAACCAGAGAAACUUAAAAGGUUCAAAUUCAGGUCAAAGAGGGAGCAGAACAGUCAGUUGGUAUCUAACCCUGACCGAUCUGAGGUUGUGCUGAACAUUCACUGAGUGGAUCACGUCCCUGCGUGGCUUACUUAGAGACCUAUGCUGUACCAGAGUAAACACCGUCAGUGUAAUUAGCUGGCUUGUAGACUGUCAACUAUGUUUUCAGGGUGGCACCAUGAUAGUUAUUUACACUCAAACAAAGUCGUCCAAAAAUAUCUUCAGAUUCUAUCUUUGGGUGCAUGUGCAUAAAACAAAUUUCUGCACUACCUCGAGUCCUUGUUUUUUACAUCAUAUAUUCUUUAUGGAAAUGACUAAAUUGUAGCUUUUAAAAGCACUGGGACUGCAGCCUUUGUGGAGUGGGACUUAACCACAAGGUCAAACUGGUGUCAACUGGCAUGUAGUAUUUGUAACUCAAAGUAAACUGUCUACUGAUGUAAGGCCUCUUCAUCAUUACUUACACAUCUCUCUGUUCAUCCAUCCAUCCUUCAUGUUUACUGGUUUUCUCAGUCUGGGUGUUGGGGGUCUGGGGUCUAACCCUGAUGCUAUUGGACAGGUUUCCAGUUUAUUACAGGAAGACAAACAACCAUUCAUGCACACACUCACACCUAGGGGUAAUUUAGAGUGACCAAUUAACCUAACGAGCAUGUUUUUGGACUGUGGGAGUAAACCGGAGCGCCUACAGACAACUCACGCAUGCAGCAGGAGAACAUGCAAACUCCACACAGAACGGCUCCUGACUGUCUGGGGGAUUUGAACCAGGAACCUUCUUGCUGUGAGGCAACAGAACUGUCCAGUGUAUCACUGUGCAGCCUCUAUUUGCCUGUUCAUAUAAAUUAAUCUGACAUCUCACAGCUGUAUCGAUCACUUAGCUGAAUCGACUAAUAUUAGAUACACGGCUUUAGUUAAAGGAUGGAUUCUGUCCUGUAGAGGGCGCUGUGGGCACAUAUUGAUGAAGGAAAGAUGUUACUCUAAAAUUUUGAGUGGAUUUUUCUCAUAAAUGGAAAUAGAAGAUUAAAGAUUAGAUUUUUGAAAGUAGUAAAAUCACACUGUUAUGUUUGGGAACACAAAGAGAAUCCUGAAUCUGCUUGGAUUUUUUCCCUCGUUGUCUGUAAUUUUUGUGUCAGUAAAUGGAGUCUGUUGUAUAUCUUUGGGGUCUGCAGGGGGACCGGGAAACAUUUGAGAACUACUACAGGAAGCAGAGGAAGAAACAGGCCCGACUGGUGCUGCAGCCACAGGCUAACAUGGUGAGAAACACUUCAGGAGAUGGUGUUUUUGUCAAUUACUGAUCCAGAAAUGUGCCCGUGUUGAAUAUUAAUGAAAUCUAAAGAGCUAAGGCCCUUCAUGCAGCACAAGAUUGUCAUGAUUAUUCAUUCUCUGUGAUUUAACAUGCCUUUUUUGUUUGUGUUUGUCCAGCAUGAGACAGUGGAAGGCUACAGGAGAUACUUCAAUCAGAUUGUAGGGUAAGAAGUCCUUUUCAGUUUGUCGUCUUUUUUAGCAGACAUGAAAUUUCCAGCCCCUGAUUUAUAGUGUUUCUUAUACCAACAUCAUAAAUAGACACACCGUAUGAUUCUCUGUCACCAUGUAACAAGGUUAGAUGCAGUAUGCAUGCACCUACAGACUCAACAUGUUUAUUUUUAGAGUGCACAGAAAGCUUUUUGUAGAAACACUGACACGAAGCGUCUUAGAAGUCUCAAUCAGAAAUCCAAGCCUGUCGCCUGUUUGCCUAACUUCAUCAAUUGUUUAUGGCUUUACACUUUUAAAGAAAAACUACGAUUGUUGAUGACGCCGGUGACAUCUUUAGGUCAACAAACUGGAGUCUAGAGUUUGCAGUGUUUCAGUCUGAGUUAAGUUUGAGCCACCAGAGAAGAUUUUUGAGUCUCGUCAAAGUCCUGACUGUAAAUGCGAUCAUUGACAACAAACAGGUUUUGACUGUAGGGACUUAAAGUGACAGUUGGGGACAUUUUUGGAUGUGCAGCAAACUAAUUCCUUACAUUAGAUUGUAACUGAUCUGUCGCUGUGGUUGGAGGUUUAAAUAAUUAAUGAUGUUACAGCUCUUUGUGUGGUGUAUAAAUGCCCACCAGUCUACAUCAUUGAAUAAGUGGGAGUCCUCCUACUCCUCCUUCCCAGUCCUGAAACAGUCACUUCUCAAGUCUGGGUACAAAUCUGAGUCAUCUUUGUUCAGCUCUAGACCAGUGCAGUAGUAUUUAAGUCUGAGUCCUGGACUGGAAAACAACAACACUGGAUGAUGUAGAAUCUUGACAUGUAGAUGUGAUUGGGCUCAGUUAGCACCUCACUGAAUUAUGACUGACAGGACGGGACAGUGAUCAGGUGCAGCGUCUCUUUUUGGAGUGUGAUGCAGAGGAGCAGCAGGUUAAAAUCACUGAGGUAUGUUCUCAGCACUGCUGCCUUUGUUCUGUGCCCACCGUGGUUUUCCUCUGACGCUGAGGUUUUCUUUCUGCUGACUCCGUCAAACUUCUCUUUAACCUCACAUGCUGUUCAAGUGUUGUGUUAAAUGAGUGUGUUUUUGUGUGUUUAUUUUUUUCAGUUUCUUUGUUGUGGAAGAUCACAUCCUACACGCAACUCGGGGGCUGGUGACCAGAGCGUUCACCGAUGAGCUGUGGAACAUGGCGCUGUCCAAGAUCAUCGCCGUGCUCCGAACGCACUCUGUAGGCCCACGACACACACACACACACACACACACACACACACACACACACACACACACAGCCAGCAGGGAGUGUACUGUGAAUGAGGAGGUGGCUGUUAAGAGUUAAUAGAGAUAAUAGAGCCUGCUGUGGAUCUAUUUAUCCUAGCUGAAACUUCACUCACUGCUUCACACACACACACACACACACACACACACACACACACACACACACACACACACACACACUCACACACACACACACUGCUGCAGAGGUCAGUGCACCUACAAACACACUAAUGAUGUCACUCUCAGGAGGAGAGGUCAAAACACACAUACGCAUGCGGCCGUAGAGGAGGUCAUUGGGGCCUUAAUGAGAGACAGAUUGCAACAAUAACAGCAGAUUAAGGAGGCAUAUUCCUGACCGCUGGGCUCCACUCAGUUGUAAAUGACCCAGAGGAUUAUGCUAACAGGCCAGAGAAUGGGCUGCACAGCUUGGGGUGAGAACACUAACAAAAGCCCUGGUGCCCCCCCUCCACCUCUCGGUCUCUGGCCCCUCUGCUGGGCCAUGACACAGGCAGCUCCACUCUGCCGGGGUCCUGCCCUUACAACUACUGCAUGAGCGACCCACAGGGGAAAGUCUUAUCCAAACCUGCCCAUGAGUCACUGAAAAGCUACCAGGAGGUCCAAAACCUUAUGGCACAUAAAUCGUGGUACUCCAGAUCACAGCUGGUUCAACAUGCCAGUUCUCUCAAACGGACUCAUAAGUGUACCUCUACAGGAAAUGGAUUUUUAAACAGCAUGUGGACGAGUGAGAAGAGAGCAGCAUUGAAGUUUGAUGUUAGCCCGGCCUUAUUAGAUUAGCUGACCCUGAUCAAUUGGUCUAGAAUAACUGAAUGUGAUCAUCCAGACCAACCAAUCAGAUUGAAGCAGCACAUGAUGUAGUGCAUAGCAAUAGAAAAUGUGUAUAGACAGUGACAUGCAGAGGAAGGAAGCACAUUUUUGUUAUCAGUACAAGCUGUGAGUGCAGUUUUAAUAAAAAUACACCCUUUGGUACAAUCUCUCUGAUCAAAUCCCCCUGACCUGUGAGGUGCGCCGUGUCGUCCGUCUCCAGCUGGUAGUGAGUGUUUUCUGUGUUUGUGUCUGAGUAAACAGAGAGGCAGGCGGCCGCUGCUUUCCGUCAGAUCUCAGCCUGCGUUCAUUUACUCUGUUGAUUUACACACUCCAGUGUUAGCAGGAUCCCUGUGUCAGCUUGUAGGACUCACUGUGCUGCUUUCAGGGUCAUAAAUCACUCUGUACCCUCAGAAAAAUGGAGGGACCUUGUUGGUGUUGAUUGACCCUUGUUUGAGUCCCCUUCCCCCCAUCCUCUAACUCCCCUGUUCUCUGUCAUCCUUCUCUGAAGCGUAUUAUUCUGUCACUUUAUUCACAUUGUUAUAAAGACUUAAAGAUGGAUUGAUAAGUCUUGAUUAAUGUGCAAAUAAUGCUUUAUAAGUGGUGGGUUCAAGUCAAAUGUUUAUUUUGUAGUUGGAGAGCAGCUUAUAAUACGGAGGGUGAAGAUUUGUACAAAAUAGGAAUGUGUUUUAAAAAAUAAUGCUGACAUUUCAUUGUAACUUGGUAUGGCAGACCCUUUCUCUAAGGCAUGGCAACAUUAUACACAAACUGAUGAUGAUGAUUUUCUUGUCUCCAGUCAUACUGUGACGACCCAGACUUGGUCCUUGAGCUGAAGAACCUCAUCGUCAUAUUUGCGGACACACUACAGGUUGGUUCAGAUCUUUUCUUCAUGAGCAUCUGAAGAGCAAAAAGCAGCAAGAUUAGAUACAGUAUUUGUCUUUGUUUGUGUUUGUGGUGUGUGUGUGUGAACAGGGUUAUGGCUUCCCCGUGAACCGGCUGUUUGACCUGCUGUUCGAGGUCAGAGACCAGUAUAACGAAACCCUGCUGAAGAAGUGGGCGCUUGUGUUUAGGUGAGUUGUGUUGAAAUGUCAGUGUGUGACAUUAGCACCAACCUUAAACUACAGGUAUAAGUCCACAGUUAACAACCACCGUACUGAAAGACAAUGAAUGACGAAUGUUUGCCACAGUUCAGUAUAGAUAUCUCAAAUUAUAACAUUAUAUUUAUAUAUUAAAGUACAGAGCAGCGUCAAAGUUCGUGUUUGAUAAAGUGAAAGACAUUCAGGUUUGCAGUAACAGUAAGUGUCGUUCUUUUCCACAGGGAGAUUUUUGAGUUGGAUAACUACAGUCCAAUCCCAGUAGAGACAGAGGAGGAGUAUAAACUGGUGGUCAGUCGCUUUCCAUUCCACGAUGCUGAGAUCGAGAAGGUGAAAACCUGAAAAUCACAGUCCUAAAAUUUGACACCCUCUCCUCAGUAUUGAAAGGUUUAUUUUGCAUGUAGAGGAGAGGCUCCUUCACCAAAAGCAUCAUUUUCUUCAGUAAUUUCUCAUGCCUCUGUCAAAGAAAUUCUUUGAAGUUAUGAGAUUGUGAACAAAAAGACAAGGUUUGAUUGUAUUUUGUGUUUUAUGUUUGUGUGAGCAGCAGGACUUUCCAAAGAAGCUGCCGAUGUCUCAGUCUGUCCCACAGAUCUACACACAGGUCAAAGAGUUCAUUUAUGCCAGCCUCAAGUUCUCAGAGUCGCUACACCGCAGGUUGGUCUCUAGCAAAGGUUACUCCAUGUGGACCACAACACUCAGCAAGCAACCUGCUAACCACCAUUUUUUUUAACAUUUUCAGUUCAACAGAGAUCGAUGACAUGCUGCGAAAAUCAACCAACCUGCUCCUGACGAGAACACUCAGCAGCUGUCUGCAGAACCUCAUCAAGAAACCUCACAUAGGACUGACUGAGGUACAAACACCCCACUGACACAGACCACAAACACCCUGCAGGACUAUUGUUCAGUCUAAAACAUUCACCUUCUCUCUGCAGCUCGUGCAGAUCAUCAUUAACACCACCCACUUGGAGCAGGCCUGCAGGUAUCUGGAGGAGUUCAUAACAAACAUCACCAACGUCUCCCCUGAAACAGUCCACACCACCAGGCUCUACGGUCUGUCCACAUUCAAGGUAAGGAUGGGUGGAGCAUGAGGCCUCUUCUGGGUCUCUGGUGACACUUGCGCAGUUUGUUGAUGCCUUUUUUCUGAUUUUCAAAGUAAAAGCCUGAUCUGCUAGUGUCGCUUUUAUUCUGAGGGCUCAUUUUGGAUAGGUACCAGAAUGAAGUAACUGCUCUUUAGUUGACCCCCUGCUAGAUUUUCUUUGACUCUCACCCUUUUCCUUGUGGUCUCCAAUGUACCUGUAUAUGUAUUUGUAAUGGGACACAUGACCUGAUGGACUAUAAACUCCCAAGACCGAAUUACAAAGUAACAGAGGACAAAUGGUUUUGAAAUUGGAUGUAGUGAAGUUUGAAACCCUAGCCAUCAUAUCUUGAUGUGUCUUUUUCAAAUGCUUACUACAUGCAGGAUGCUCGUCACGCUGCAGAGGGGGAGAUUUAUACCAAACUCAACCAGAAGAUUGAUGAGUUUAUCCAGCUGGCAGACUAUGAGUGGGGCAUGGCUGAGUCGGACGGCCGGGCCUCUGGAUACCUCAUGGAUCUGAUCAACUUCCUGCGUUCCACGUUCCAGGUCUUCACACACCUCCCGGUGAGUCUUAUCCACCUACCAACCUCUCACCCAUCAAGUCAGCCACCUCUCCCCCUCCCUUGAACAUUGGUUUGUGCUUCCUCUAAAUCUCAUGUGGGUGUUGAUUGUUUUAUUUGAUUGGCUAGGAUGCGAUCAAUCCACCCAUUGAUUUAUUUCCUUUUAUUCCCACCACACCUCUCACCUUUUUUCUGCUGCUUCACUACAUGCUUCUCACGUCCCCAAACAAAGAGUCUGCAGUUUAAAGCGGAUCUGCUCCACUGCAGAUUUUCAACUUAAACUGAGUGUGGGCGAUUCAUCGGUGGUCUGUAUGUUGUAUGCAUGUGAAGUGGGAUGUGUCUGAGCUGAAGGCAGCUUACGCACACACUCCAACAUUGAUUCCAACACUUGGUGUAAGAUCAGAGUGUGGAGGACUUUGAGUGCUCUGGCCCUCAUAUCAUCAUCUUCAGUCUUUUGCCUCCUCUUCUUUUGAACAUCUCUUGUCGUGUCUUGAAUGAGCUCCAGUUACUUGAUUUGAUUUUUAUGUGUCCUGUCCCCCGUGCACACCCCCUGUGAUUAACAGCAGCUGAUUUCUUUUUACCAGCAGUUUUACUCCUUGAUUCAUUUGACUUGUCAAGCAUGCAAUAUAUCUUUAGCUGAAUUUACCUCCUCCUGUCCAUUUAUUGUUGGCACAUUUCUUUUCCUUUCCUUUCCCUCUUUCCCUCCCCCUCUUCCAUUUUUGGUUGGUUUGGGGGUGUCUCUGCUCAGAAUAACAACAAUGACCAUGCAUCGAUGUCGGUGAGUAUUCCUGCCUGGCUGUUAUUUUACUAUGCUGCCGACCUGUCUCCAGGCAGAGUGGAGAUGAAAAAGCAUGCUGUUGUUUGACUUCUCCAGGCUUGUUGGAUCUUCUGGCACUUUGUCUAACUGUUAGGCUGAAGAUUGAAGAAUGUGUCUUCAAUCAUGAAGGGGUCACUAUUAUAGAGUCAAAGCUGGAGAAAAGGUCUCAGAGGAAGACCAGAUGCUGGCUAAGAAUCUUAUUUACUCAUCUCACCUCUCUGAAAUAUGGAUAAAAUUAGGGGAUCAUUAAAAUUAGAUCAUGAGUUAAUUAUGUUUUUUACUUGUAGACACAUGAUGAAAAAGAGAGAAAGUUGGUUGAAGUUCAUUCCAGUUACAUUCGCAAACAGGGGAACUUCUGUAAAGUGCCCUAAAGUCAGAACAUGAACUUUGAUGACAGUUCAUUAGUUUUUGUUAUGAUGAAGACGAGCUGAAAUACUUCACUGAUAACAAAAACUUAGAAAAGACGGAAUUGUUUGUGAAAUUCUGUCGGACAUUUAAAAUUUGUCAGUCGUAUUUAGAUUUUCUCCGCUACAGAUCGAAGUCAUCACCUAAAAUAUGAGCGAUGAAGUUAGCUGAGAGGUGCAGUGUUCAUUUUGUACUGUAACCCUCUCUGCCUCAGUGCUGCUUUAUCCUUUUCAGUUGUUUCCAGCUGUAUGUUAUGAAGACAUAACCGGCUACUGGGGCGACAUCAGCUUUAGAUUUGCUGUUUGGCAUUUUUGCCUCUAUUAACAUAAACGUCAAAUUAUCCUUACUUGGAGAUUCAAUGAAAAUGCGACUGAGAGAGCGGUGAUCUCAGUGCCUGUCCAGGGGCGUUUCUCACUCCUUGUUGACAUUGGAGGCUGAACCCAAAUCCCUCGCCCUCCACCCCACAAAAAGAAGAAAUCAAAGAAAAUAAAUAUAAACUUGGUAGCCACAGAAAGACUGUUUGACUCAAAGUCAAGAUCGUUUCUCCACAGCCUUAGCAGAUCAGCUCGUCAGAUCAGAUCCAUUCUGUCUCUCAGGUAAACAACCUCAGCUCCUGGUGAUGGGAAUUUCUUGUUUUUUUUUUUCAGUGCUCCAGAUCAUUUGGGACAGCGUUUAACAGCUCUUUUGGUUCUUAAAUCUACUUCAAAGUACAUUUUGACUCCAAGAGUCAGCUGUAAAAGUCGGGUCAUUUAUGACUGACACAUGAUCCCCAUCUCAGGUGUAUACAUGUAUGAGCCAAGUGACUGUGUUGUGUUUGCGCGGGUACUGGCUGAAGUUACUCUUCACAACCUCGUAUCCAAUGGUUUCUUUUUACAAUAAUUCUGACUCCCGCUCUACCACCCUGUGUGCAAAUACAUGCAGACUAAGGCUGAAUAAUUUAGAUUAAACUGACUGCAAUAUUAACUAUAUUCUAAAUUGUAAUAUAAAUAGAUGGAAGUUGGAACCAUUGACAGUUUUAGCUUAUUAUAUCUGAAACAAGCCUGUACACUUCUGUAGCUGCAUGAUGGGAAGUCUGAAUGAGCCUCAGUGUUGGUGAGAAGCUGUAUUUGACAAAUCAUCUUCUCUGUCUCAUUUUCUCAUUUUCCAUUCCUCUUUUUGACUGAAGGGUCGAGCUUUCUUACUUUGAGGAUUUCUUCAGAAAAAACAUUCAGCUGAUUUUCUAACUCUCCCUGGCUGAUGGCAGUUCUGGUGGCCUGGUCCGAAAACUUCUCUACUUUUGCUCUCAGUGAUCAGACAAGAAAUCCCACAAACUAGUUAACAACCCUGUAAAAGUUAAAAAUGCUAAGUUUUCACAUUUCAAAAAGCGGCAGCUUACAAAGGACAAAACCUUGAGGUAUACAAAGAUACUUACUCACCUUCUGUACGGAGAUUUGUUACUUUGGCAGCUGUUUUACGUUCAGUCUUAGUCUUAGCAUGAGCAUGAACCUCUUGUGGCACAUUUGUGUUUGAGUGGUCCGCAGGUUGGCUUCCAAUCUGUGCAGAGUCAACAGCUGAUGUGAUGUGACGUAUCUGCAGCCAUCAGGCUAAGCUGUGAUACAUGCUCAGUAAAUGUCCAACUCCUAUUUCUGUCACUACAUGUACCACUGCCCUGUGACAGUCAACUGUCAGCAUGAAAAAGGGAUGUUGUGGUCCUCAGACACAGAGAAGCCAUCUACAAACUGCACACAGCACAUUUAUACACAGUAUACAUAUAUAUGUAUGUGUAACCCUUGUAUUAUAAACAUAGGGCCCCUGUUCAAAAUGCUCAUUAAAACUGAAUUUUAAAGCCUAAAAUGAAUUGGAAAUAGUGCAAAGACAACAAAUAAAAGUUAAAACUGAAAUACUUUCAUGUUUUAUGCAUAUAUGAAAAGGACUGUCUCUUUGCACAUUUAUGUGGAUGCUGUAUCAAAGUACGUUUUCAGACAGUGGUUCUUGAAAGUUAUUUGAGUCCAUGCUGUAAUUUCCUCUCCAGAGUCCUGUCUGUUUUUGAUGCAGUGCUGACUGAGGGCCUGAAAAUUUGCACCAUUCAGUCUUGGUUUUGGUCCUUGUCCCUUUAGUACAGAGAUUUCUCCAGAUUCUCUGAAUCUUUUAAUGAUAUUAUGUACUAUAGAUGAUGAAAUCCACUCAUUCUUUCACAUUUGACACUCAGGAACUAUUUUAUUCUGAAACUGUUGAACUAUUAACUCACUCAGUCUCUCACAGAGUGGUAAACCUCUCCCCAUCUUUCCUUCUGAGAGACUCAGCCUCUCUGAAGCUCAUUUUCAUACCUAGUCAUGUUACUGACCAGUAGCAGAUUAAACUCAUUAAUUGGGAAUUGCUCCGAUAGGUGUUUUUUUUUCAACAUCUAACAAUUUUUUGAGUUAUGUGUUGUUGCUGUCUUAAUUUUUCAAGAAGAUGUUGGGAGCAUUAAAAUAAGCCUUUGAAAAAAAAAAAGAAACAUUGAUGUUUCCGGUUUCAACAUCUUAUGUUUUGGCUUUGCUCCAUUUUCAUUUAGAACAUGUUUUUAAUUAUUUGUGUUCCACCAAAAUCUGUCUUUAACAUGUCAGCUUUUCUGGAUUCGAGCUGCAUAUCAGUCAAACUUUUUUCUAUCAAGCACAUGUGACUCUUUAUGGUCCAUAUAACUAUUUUCUAAUUUCCUGUCACUGACUCAUCUUUGCUGCCCAAAACUUCAUUGCAGAAAUUGAUUAGCUUCAGUACAGUUUUUAACUGAGGUUUCUCCUUGUGUAACUUCAUAAAACUACAUCAUCUCAGACAGUGGGGGGGCACCACAUCAUCCCAGGGUAGAAACCUUUUCUGCAUGAGUAUCUGUGGGAGUGGGUUGUGUUGGUCUGCCCUGUACUUUCUGUUCAGCACAAACACUAACUGAGACAAACAGCUCCAUUCAGAGUUUCUCUUUCAAAGUGGGCUGUGAGUGAAAAUCUACUCCCUCACAAUCCUCUGACCACUUUGUGGUGAAAAUGCUCACACCUGUGUUGUAAACAUGAGUCUGUGGAUGUUUGUGGUGUGUUCAUGUGUUCAUCAUUGGUUUGUUGUGCUCACAUGCAUGCAUUUGGGGUUCAGUGGUUUUUGAUUCAUGUGAUGUUUUCAAUGAACACAUGAUUGGAACUUGAAAGCUCUCUGAAUGAUCUGUUCAUUGUCACUGUGAUUGAUUGUUACCAUAGAAACUUGUAUCCACAUUACAUGUUGAUACGGAUCACUGCUCUGUAGUUUCAUGCACACUGAUGUGAACCUGAGGAUACCUGGUACAGGGGUGUGUGUGAGAGCUGGGCUGUCAUUUAUCUCUGAAAGUCACAAACUAUGUAUCUCUCUGCUGUUCAACUCUGUUUUGACCAUUUUCUGUAAACUUGAUACAGGCAGACUAAAGAAAUGUCCCCAGUGCCCAAUCCAGCUGUGUUGGUCAGAAGUGGACGGAUAUUAAUAAGUAUCUUUGCAUAAUGUUCUAGACACUGGGUGUUUCCCUACCAGUGUUUGGUCGCAUUGCUGCUAAUGCUCAGGGAAAUGGAUCUCUUGGUUCAUUUGCAGCAGAGACUCACAUCAGUUUUGUUGAAGAUCAGGUGGAUGUCUAUGCAUGUUGCAGUACCAGGUGUUCCUCCAGGCACAUGUGCACUUUUUGUUGCAGGGCUCCUGAAAUUGUCCAGAAUUUUUUUUUUUAAACAACUCUCUUUAAACGUCACCGUUAUGGGUUCGGAUUAUUGUGUAAAACAGUUUGGGAGUGUGCUGCAGAUGCCUGAAAAUGAGUCCAUUUUCAUGAAGCUGUUGAGCUACAGCAGUACAAACCAUCAUGCAGCCACAGGUGAAGAGAGAGGAGAGGAGCAGGAGGAGCUGGCGUGUGUUAGUAAAACAGAGGGACAGCGUGAGCACGAGAAGGGAGAUGAUAUAUCGAUAACUCUUUUAUGAACUUUCACAGUUUAAAGUUUUCAGACUGUUCACAUGCCAAAAGAGUUUAAGUUCAGUUAAAGCAUCUGACAUAGGAGUCGAAUCAUGACGAAGUGUCUUUAAUAACUACGACCUUAGUGUCAUCAUUAAUAACUGUGAUUAUCAUCUGGAGUAGCCCAGCCAAGUGCCCGUUGUGUUCCUUAAAUGAUGCUUAUUGACACUUCAAGGUGGAGUUAACAGUUUCUUUUUGUGCCUUCUUGUUCUUUAUUCCCCAAAUCUGUUUUUACUUCUUUAUCCUUGCAUCCUCCCUCCCUCUGUCACCUCCCUUGUUUCCUUUUCUCCCUCUCUGUCCUUUCUGCAGGGUAAAGUCGCCCAGACUGCUUGCAUGUCGGCCUGCAAGCAUUUGUCCACGUCAUUGAUGCAGAUGCUGCUGGACACAGAACUCAAACAGAUUAGCAUGGGGGCCAUUCAGCAGUUCAACUUAGACGUCAUCCAGUGUGAAUGUAAGUGUGAAGACAGCGGGGGGUUUUCAUUUUCAGAGAUAUAAUCAUUACAUGUCAUCUGCAAAUUGUGCAAACUAAGUUGUCAGACUGUGAAACUUCAACACUCUUCUGCAGCUAAGAUCAAUACAGCUUUCUUUUGUCUCCUACAGUGUCAUUUAUCAUAUAAUCUUGACAUGUUGGAUUAUUUUCUAGGACUAAAUAUGUUGGGGUAUCCUGUCCGAUCAUUGUGGGGGGGUAAAUCAGACCCUAAAAAUCUGGCCUAAUAAUGCAAAUGUAUUGGCAUGUAUGACCUGAUACAGCAGCACUUCCAUUUAAAAGAUAAAGUCGUGUUGAAAUCAUGAAGUUUGUUCACCAGUGCAAAAUCAUAUGUUUUAGGUUGAACACAAAACUGACCUCUAGUCUCUGUCCUACCAGCCUGCAGGUGCAGCAUGUGCUGUUUUCUCAUCAUUGACUGUUGCCUCUCCUCAGUGUUUGCCAGUUCAGAGCCGGUCCCUGGAUUUCAAGGAGACACUCUCCAGCUGGCCUUCAUCGACCUGAGACAGGUAAGCUCUCUCACUGAGCAGCAUGAAAAUAGGCCUCAUCUGUGUUCACAGACUUGAACCAUAUCAAGACUUUUUCUAUGGACUAAUGAAUCAAUCCUGCAGUUCACAUCUUUACAUGAACAGGGUUUGUUUUUUUAACAAUCUGUUUAUUGAAUUUUCAACCGUAUCAAAAAUAGCAGACACAUUAGAUAUGUAUGACUGUCCGUGAGAGUCCAUUUUUCCAAAAAACAUAUGAAAACAAAUUUAUAUGCGAAUGUUGAAGGAGGAUGGCUCAAACAUACAUCAUGAAUAUUCAAGAUAAAUGGAGAUAAACACUUGUAAACAUAAACAUAUAUGUAAAUUAACAAAUAAAAGUGGUAAAGUAUAACCUGUAUAAUUAAACAACAUCAACAGCAAAAAAAAAUAAACAAAUUCCCCAUGGAGGCGACUCUUAAAAACCUACAUCGUGUACCAUAAGAUGCUUUGUAAAUAUCAGUAAAGAAUUAGUUCAAUUGCAGAGGUAAUGACUAAACUUCCCUAGCUAUGUCCAACAUACUAGAUAAGUCCUUGUCUCCAAUUUAUAAAUGGGCCCCAGAUGUGUCGAAACUGUUCUUGCUUAUCUUUAAAUGUGUAUGUGAUUUUGUCCAAAGGUAAACAUCUUGACAUUUUCUUAAGCCACUGUCCACUUCUUGGUCCAUGGGGACUUUUCCAUGUUAAUGCUAUUGAUCUUUUGGCAUGUAAAAGACAAAAGUUGACAAAUAUCUGUUCUUCGUGUUUAAUUUUAUGUCCCUUUGGAUAGACGCCAAGAAUGACAGGAACAGGGUUAAAAAUGAGUUUCUGUAGCCUGACUCUUUCCUGCGUCACAUCCAGCAGUGUUCAGUUUCAUCGGCAUGUGUUUGGCGACCUUUUCAACUUUCACUUGUCCUGUAGUUCACCUGCUCAAGAAAAUUCCUAUUUCAGCACACACAGGCACAAAGUGUCUGCCUCCCUCUCUGCUGUAAACACCAGUGGUAUGUAAAGUGUUGCUGGGUCUCAUUAACUUGUUUCUGUGUUGACCUGUUAAUCCGAGCCUUAGGGAGGCUCGGCUUUGCCCUCCAGUCCAGGUCACACUGAAACUCUGAGAGCUUGUUAAAGGAGAGACUGGAAAAUGAAAAUGGGAAGAUUUUUUUACAGCCAGAACAACGUGAGCUGAAUCGAAGUGGUAAAAACAGCCUCAUAGAAGCCAUUCAUUUUUGGGUUUAAGUCAUGAAAAGGCACAAAAGUGUAGAGGGGCUUGCAUGUGAUGGUAUACAGGUGACAAAAUAACCCUUUAUUAGCCUGAAACUGGUGCCUCAUCAGACAGGUGACUGAGGAUUAGACAUGGAUAUUAAACAAACCGUACUAGGGUGGGUUUAGAGGCAAACUAGAACCCUCAUUCUUAAGCAAACUAGGAGCAGGACCAGCCAAAGAAAAAGGACAAUAGUUCAUUUUCAGUGGACCAGAAACCUCUGGUAUGAACCUCUGGUAUCAGUCAAGUCAGCCGUGUUUCUGAUUUCCAAAUUUACAUCCUUAUAAUCUUCAAUACUGAUGCUUAAAAAAAUUAAUUCCCUGUACAGCGUGUGUGGAAAGAGAACUGAGUUAUUCAGAUCCAAACUGUUUUUUGAACCAGGCUGUAAACAUGUUCAUUUUUGCUUUACAGUCUGUUUUUUUUUUUUUGGCUUAGUGUAAAUGUGGUUUCAGAUGCUUCAAACAGGCGCCAGGAAACUGUAGCUUCAUCACAUCCACGUCACCAUCAUUGUCAGCUUAAAACCUUCCUUGAAAUCCAUCAGAGUUAAGUGGGGUCAUCUUAUAUACAGGGUUCAGUAACGCUGUUGUGUUUACAAAUGGAAUGAUGUGAGAUACUGAGUUACUAUUAAGUCCACUGGCUUUGUGAGGCAGCUAUGGGGAUAAACUUUGUGUGUUUCUGUAACAUCCAGGGACAAGAGAAAGGCUGCCAUCUUUGAGUUGGUCUGCAGACCCAUCAGAGGCACAUGUGAUCAUAUUUUUAUCAUGUUUCACAGUGAAAAUGUCAUUUCAAGUUAUAUAAAACAACAUUUUCCAUUUAACACAUCAGAAUCUCAACUUCCCACUUUUUUCCUGAUAAUUAUUGCAAUUAAUCCUUGUAUUCAUGUUAACUCUUGUAUUCAGAUCGAUACUAUACUUAUAGUUUUCUAUCCUAAUUAGUUGCUAUGGUGACCUUUUAAGUAGUUUUCACACAGACCUUCAGCUGAUUUUGUCUUUUACAGCCAAGGUUAUAGUUCAGUGUGUAUAAAGAGUACACUUUAACUAUUAAAACAGGUAAGUCAGAGUUAAAACAGAACUUUGUCUUUAAAAUCAAUUGGCUUAAAACGUUAUUGAAAGUUUUAUUGAGUGACGUUAUUUUUUUAUCCAAAAGAGUUUCUUAAAAAUAAUACAGUUUGUUGACUGUGGACAGUCAAAUCCUGCACUGUGUGGCUAAAAGUCCCUAAAGAACACAGCCUGAGAGCCUUACCUGGCUUAUUUUCACUGUGAUAGUUAAAUUUGGUGCAAUGCAGCUCAUUACACAAAAGAUGUGACCAUAGUCUUUGUAUAGAGGCUGCUGGGCUGACAUGUUAAUCCUAGCCUAAAGGUAAAGAGGCUGGGAGUCAUCCACAGGCCGAGGUUACACAGAGGUCAGCCUCUUACUUUCCCUUUAUCUAACGGUUGCUGAUUUUGUAGCUAUAUGUGCUUUUUAGAUCCUUAUCCUGUGACCAUUAGGAGUGAUUUAGAGUCAAACAUUCAAGGCAAAUGAUGUGUGUUUUCAACAACGCUGGAGGAUAACCAGCAGGCUUGAGGAAAAAAAUACCUUGUUAAGUUUGUUUUUCAGCUCAGAGGUCUGUGUGCGAUGCUGCUGAGCUGCAGAGUUCAUGCUAAGCUGUCCCGACCUGAAACAAAUCCUGAUGAAGACGCUUCCACACCAUAACUAAUAGUCUUAUAUUGGGUUUUAUGACCCAGCUGUGUUUUAUACUUGAUUCUGAUUGGCCAAAACUCCUGGACACCCUCUUGACAGUGAUGAUUAAUUUUAAACAGCAAGAACAAUAUUUAAGACAAACAGAACAGCGUGGAUCAUGAACAUGCUCACACGAGGCACAGCUGCCCUGGACUGUGCUGGAGCAGGAUCGUCCCUCCUCCCUCUUCGGUCUCCUGGUCGCCUACACUCACACUUUUUUAAAGAGGGAGACAACAGGAGAGAGUUUGAAUAACUCAAAGCACAGCAAUACCUGCAUUACACCUGUUGUCCAUCAGCACAGUCCAGCAAUUUAUCCGUCUAAUAUCAUUGGUCAGAAGCAUAAGUCUAUGAUUUGAGCAGGGUUAAGGUCUUUAAACACUGGGUCUAUCUUAUUCAGACACUCCCUGAAAGAAAAAAGAGAACACUCACAACUGAUACAAAGUCAGGAGUGAAGAGACUUUCACCUGCUGAGGAGCGGCAGAAUUAUCCAGGACUCCUCCAGGUAUAUUUUAGUGUGUUAGUGGUCCAGAUUAAUACACUUGUAGCAGCACUCAUCAGAAGAAGACCAUCAUCAUCACUGAUGUACAUGUGAAAAUAUGAGAGUGAAGAACAUGGCUUCAAGCAGAGCCUAAAAAAGGCCUCCUGUGAUAUCUUCUCCACCUCAACAUUUCUGCAGGAAUGAAAAAAAAACACAGUUGUCACAGCGAUGAGCGCAAUGUGUUGGUAUUGUCAAUAAAAAGCCAAGAGUGACUGAAUUCUUCUUUAUCGUCCAAUAUUGGACUCAAAAGCUAAAGAUAUAUUCAACAAAUGAAACUUAACUACAGACACACGUGUCGGAAAAAAAGGCAGUCAAGUUGUAUCGAGAGGUGAGCUGCUGGAAUUUGGAGCAAACGCUCGACAUUAUGUCCUGAAGUAAAUCUUUCCAGGACACACUGACCUUUUUACAAGACAGUUACACAAACACACACUCACACACACACACACACACACACACACACACACACACACACACACACACACACACACACACACACACACAAACACACACAUGGGCACACACACACGCACAGAGCCUCUAAAGCUGUAUUUCCACUGAGCAGUCUGGCCUAGAAAAAGACCUCAGUUUGAAAAGGAAAGCAAAAAGCUGUCUUGCUUUUUUGCAUCCUUUACGUUGAGAACUGCUUCAAAUAUAAGCAAGUCAAGAGGCUUUCUUUCAUACACCACGGUUCAUCCAGGCAAACUUUGAUUCAGUCUGAUGCGGGUUCUUUUGUAAUCACGCAGAGCCACCAUCAAAGUGUUCAUGACGGGCCAAAAUCCUGUAAACAUUACCAACCUUAAUCAAGGAGUACUCAUUCUCUUGAGUGGGACUGGGUUUGAUCCAGACUGCAGUCCAUCUCCCUCUUCUUGUCCAAACACAAUCAAAAGGCAGAUCAGAGCUGUGAUUACUGUGCAGAUCAAGUCAAGAUCAAGAGGGCCCUGCUGCAUCUCCACUGAUGUUUGUUGACUGCAGAGCACUGGAAAAAGUUCUCACUACUUUGGACACAGUUGUUCAAAGACAACCGGUUGUACUCAUUCUUCCUUUUCAUGAUGUUAGUCUGGGACAGCCAAAGUUUCCAGCUUAAUAAACUUCUUAUACAUUUUAAACUGGUGUCUUUCGGCACUGUAACUGAAACUAUCCCUAUGUUGUAAUCAUGCAGGAUCCGACAGCCUUAGUGAUUACCUCUAAUUUGAUCAUUAAUGUCCUCACAGCAGAAGGGAGUGCAUGCUCUCCGCGUUAUUAUGAAGGCUACAUUAAAACCAAAGAUCUCACACACACCCACACACCCGUGGAAAUCUUAAAAUCCAGUGACUUGUUGUGAGCUGCUGAGAUUUAAGCGAGCGUCAGAGUGAGCUGCGGCUCAUCAUUUAGCUCCAGGUGAGAAUAAUGGCACUGCAGCUAAGCCUCUCAGUGUGUCGGAGUCUCACUCAGCUGAAUAAUGCUAUUAUCACUAAGCUCUUCUUUCACUGCUCUUUCAACAUGACCCAAACACCCAGCUGUUUCACCCUGUGACAUUAGCAUGCACUGUGUGUGUGGGUGGGGUAGGGGGGUCAUCUCCAUCAGGUUAACCAGGGGUCGUGUGGGGGUCAUUUUAACGUUCCUGUUCACACUUAAAACUCAUCUCGUCAAAGCAGAACCCCCUCCUCUCUUUUCUCUCUUCAUCCCUCUCUUACUGUCUCUCUCCUGUGUAAGACAGAACCAAAGAAAAACAUGUGUUCACCAUCAUCUUACUCUCUGACCCUGACCCAGACCAGCUCUCACUCUGUUUGCUCGUAGAGGUAAAACAUCCUGAAAGGUUUCUGUACUCAUGCCAGGAUUAGGAUUUGCACCACUCAAUGGUUCCUGUUAGCUUACAGAAUAAAGUAAGGAGGCUCAUAAUAACUCCCCAGCCAUCAACUCUGAAUCAUUUAUUCACUUAUACAUGGACCUGUAGAGCAGUCAGGGCUGUGCAGCAGCUAACAGAGCUCUGACACUUGCAGAUCUGUUUCCACAGUGUUCAAAAUGAUGCUCAGAGCUGCAAGUAACAGCUUUCGUCAACUUCAGUCAGAUAUUCACUUAUCUUAACCAUGCAAGUGUUCAAACUGUUAAUCAGGGCUGUUGCGGUAAUGAAUUUCCCCUGCAGUAAUUUAGGGUGGCUCAACACCAUGUUAAGAGGUCUGAUUGUGGUCAGGUUUGUUUAUAUUCAACGUGAAGUAUCACUCUGCAGUUCACGUGUUUUACAAGACUAACCAGCGGAGAAUGUAUAUACUAUCCACAAAUAUAGAUAAGGGGUGCAGAGCAAGUCCACACAGGCGGUUUUUAUGACUAUUUAGAUUGUCUUCUGUGGGGUGCUGACAGCCUGGCCGUCUAAUGUUAAGAGUCUAUCACCCUCACCGCAGCAGUCGUUGCUUUGAUCCCUGGCCACACUCUUGCUGUAUGUUAUUCCUUAUUCUCUGCAUUUCCUUUCUCUUUUCUAAUAAAGGCUUCAAUGCAGAGAAAUACAGCUUAGAAGGAAAAUAAAGAUUGUGUUCUUAGGCAUUUCACUGUGACCUCACGUCUCAGCCAAGGUCAGCCCUUCUCUGUGGUAUUGACUCUUCCAAAACAUACUGGUUUUAGUGGAUUAGUAAGUUAGUUUGUAAAAUCUGUGGUGCACACUGUGAUCAAUAAGCUCACAGGUUGCUAAUUGGGUAACAAUUAAGAAAAAGGUGUGUAGAGAGUUGACAAAUGUACUUGGGCAGGCGUAAGUAUACUCAGGUGGCCUGUUCAAGUAUCGCCUACAGUAAUGGUACAGAGGUGUAAAAAACUCACAUACUGUCAGAAGACUUAGAACAGAGCAGAGAAAUGUGGGUACUGGUCCUUUUUGCAGUGAUUUGAAGUAUUGUAUUUCUCUGUGUGUUUUGCAGCUCCUAGAUCUUUUCAUGGUGUGGGAUUGGUCGACCUAUCUGGCGGACUACGGCCAGCCAACUUCCAAAUACCUGAGAGUGAACCCGGCCACAGCCCUGGCUCUGCUGGAGAAGUAAGACUUUGUUGCGCUGUCACACAGCUAAUAGCAUGAGUAUUUGUAUUUUUAGAAGUCAUAGACAGCUUACAUUGACAGUGGAUAUGUAAGGAUAUGGGUGUGCUGCUUUAGUGCAUAAAGAUAAACCUUUAGGCUAAAUUUAUGAACCUGAAACUUGUUUCACUUAGAGUGAUGAUGAACUCCAGUACUGUUACACUGUUCUACAUAUUUUUCUGUGUAUAGAAAAUGUGUUCAGUCAAAACUUGAACAUUUAAAAAUGAUCCACACCGACUGUUCAAACAUUAGAUCAUUCAUUAUAACACAGGCUUUUUGUGAAUAGGGCUGGGCGAUAAAACGAUAAUUAUGUAUGUCAAAAAUUAAUUUCGCCCGAUAUCGAUAUAAAACAUGGUCAAUAUGCUUUUUCAAUAGUCGGCAUUCUGCCAUGUUUUGGUAGAUUACGCGAAUAGCAAUUGAAAAGGGGAGUUUCUCUGGGUCCGCUUCACACUGAACCAAUCAUGUGCUGAAUUAGAACCAAGUAGCGAACAACUGCGUAGUAGCAGGAUGCAGCUACAUGCAAUCAUAGCACUUUAACACGUGGAGCCGACAGCACUGUAGGUGAGAAAACAGGAAAAUAAGUGCUACCCCCGGCAGAAAUGCAGAUGAAGGCCCAACAGAUGAUGAUAUCGUCGACAACACUGGCACAAAAACGUCAGUGGUGUGAAGGUAUUUUGUUUUUUUGAGGUCAGACAUGAAGCAGAGUAAUGUGCACUGCAAAUUAUGUUGAGUACAUGUUCUCGUUAAGUCGGGGAAUACCUCAAACCUUUUUCACCACCUGAGCAGGCGCAAUGCAAAAGGUUACAAACCCCAGGCAGAGCAAGUGCGAGGCAGCCAAUGGCGCCUGUGCAGCCAAAACAGCUGACCAUUCAGUCCGCUUUCUCGAGUGCAACGCCUUACGACAAAACGUCAAAGAAACACAAAGACCUCACAGAUGCAGUAGCUUAUUGUAUUGCAAAAGACAUGCUACCAAUAAGCACUGUUAAAUUUCAUUUAAGAGUAACAGGGAACAUUUAAGAUUGACAAGUGAUUUUUUAUAUUGUGAUGCAGUAUAUAUCGAUAUCAACUGAUAUGAAAAAAAAAUACAGUGAUAAACUUUUUCCCAUAUCGCCCAGCCCUACCUUGAAAUGAUUGUAGCUGCUGGGCCUGUUCUCCUCUCUCUCUGCUCCUCUAAACCCUCUCUUCUGUGCUGUUUUUCUGCUUCUGCUGCUGCUCAGAGUCUACAGGGGGUAGGUGCAGCUUCCUCUUGCUUUUGUAAAAUCUUUGAAAUGUAUUGGAUUUGUGCAGGAAAAGCAGUGUACUGUUAAAAAUAGAGACAUUUUAAAAUAUAGCCUUAGUCAUUACUUUGAAAUUUUAAGAGUAACUGGGAACUGAGGAGACCAGUUUCUGGAGUUUUGAAAAUGCCCCAUUUAUGACUGAUAGAGGAUUUCAGCUGCUCAACAGUUCAGGGCUGUAUUUUUUAUCAGGCCAGUUUCUCAGCAGGACUCUUCUACUACAGAUCCAUGCCGUUGUAAUCCCUGGUAUCAGAAUGCAGUUUGUCAUUGUCUUACUGAAAAAUGAAGGUCUUCCCUGAAAAUGUUUUUAUCUGGAUGGCAGCAGAUGUUGCUCCUAAACGUGUAGAUAUUGUUCAGUAUUAAUGGAGCCUUCACAGAUGUGGAAGACACUCAUGACAUGGACAUUUAUUCACAUUCUCUGAAUCUUCUCAUGGCAUUAUGUAUUAUAGAUGAUAUAAGCUCAUUAGUCAGCAUCUCUGUAAUCUUACUGUCUCUGGGUUUGUUUGUACAGGAUGAAGGACACGAGUAAGAAGAACAACAUCUUCUCUCAGUUCAGGAAGAACGACAGAGACAAACAGAAGCUGAUAGAGACUGUGGUCAAACAGCUGAGGAGCCUGGUCAACGGCAUGUCCUCCUAAACAUUCAAACACACACACAAACAUUAAAGGGAGGGACAAAGGUGUGUGUGUGACACGGAAAUAAAGAAUGAAACAUGCAUGCAGUCACAAGUACACACAGAACUGCAAAGACUCCUGCAGAGGUGACACAUUUAACGAAACAGUAACACACAGAGGACAGUGAAAUAUAAGAGAACCACACAGGGAAGCUACACACAUGAAAGGGACAAAUACACAUCACAUAGAGGCACAGCAAUACACACACACACACACUGUACAAGGCAUGCAGGGAACAGACUCACACACACAAACACACACACACACACACACACACACACACACACACACACACACACACACACACACACACACACAUAAAGUCCUAUCCCCUCCUUACUGUUAUACCUGAAUGAAUGCUCCAUGUAAAUAACAAACACACACAAACACGUCCAUACAGAGCCGUUUACUGGAGGUAAACACUCAAAUGUUUGUAUAGUAUUUUUAACGGCUAUGAUAAGACAAACUAUGUUUUGUACAUCUGUGAGAGUGUAUUGAUCGCUGCAGACUGGACAGCACAGAAAGAGAAACAAGUACUGGAACUAUGAGGUCAAAGGUCAACUCGUACUACAACACUGUUCAUCCACAGGAAUACAAUAUUUCAGAAGAACAUCAAGUUUUUUUUUUAGUGUCUCGGUUUCUCUCCAUAAACUUCCUGUACCAUAAGAACAUGGCUGAUAAUUGUUAAGAAUUCAGUCAUGUCCAUUAUAAGAAGAUUUGAAAACAUGGCUCUCAUUUUACAACAUAUUAAAUGAGACUUAUCGUACUUGGCAAUAGACAACAUUUGAUCUUCUCAGAUUGACCAAAAGAAAAAGCUGGAGGUUUGGGUCUGGCCUAGAAUGUAACUUUGGAUAGAUUUAUACCAUCCUGUGUCUUCGGAGCAGAAAAGAAACCCUUUCUGUGGGGUGUGAGGUUCACACUGGGUUGUUUUUGCCAUAUUGUAUCAGUGUGAGACACCUAAUGAGAAGAUUCAGGUGAUUUGCAGUUUAAAAAAACCUCCUUGAGCAUCGAUAAAAACUCUCCUUCCAACACUAUUCAACCUGUAACUAGCGGAUGUUACUUUUUACACAUCGUUGUUGCUGUAGAACACAACCUGGAAGUUAUGCCUUUACAGAAAACGAUUGAGACUUGUUGUCUUUAUGGAUUCAACAACCCCAAGUUUCAGCAACGAUUGAGACAAAAAUCCACCUCUAACCAGCUUUUGUUUACAAAAGAGUCAUCAACAAAGUGGUGAUCACAAACAGCAACAAUGUAGCUGCUGUUGUCCCAAAAACAUAAAACUUCGCACCAUGUUUUUGAGAAGCUGUGAUGUUCCCAUACAAUUUAAAAUUCAAAACAAGUUUUGAAUCAUAAAAAAUUUGUUGGACUGUUUUGAUAGCAAGCCACAGCUGGAAGAAAGCUGUAGAUGUUGAGCAGUACAUCAAAGUCUCAUCAGCAUAGAAGUGAAACUUUUCAUUGAGACAUUUGGAGUGAUGUUCCUGAUACAAAGAACAAAUGGCAAUGGACCCUUAAAUGACCCAUGAUGAAUUCUUUUGGUAACUGCUAGAGAGAUCAAGGUCCCUGUGGCAUGAAAACAUUGCACUAUUUAUAAUUUUUUUUCCACCAUGUUUCCACAGAACUUUGAGUUUUUAAAUGCCACCAUUAACCGCUCUGACAUGAACUCAUAGUUCCAGUGCUUGAAUUGUUGUCACUGUGUGUGCAUGUGUGCCGAAACUAAGUGAUGCAGAGUCAUGAAUGAGAUGAAUGGAUGAUGACGUCUUGAAAGACUGAUGUUCAUGAAAAGUGAAGUUUAGUUGGUGGUUUGUCUGCUGCACAUUGUCAUUAAAACACCAACAGUACAUCCCUGUCAGGAAGAUAUAAUUGUAUGAAGAGACCGGAUAUGAAGGUAAAACUUUGAGUCAAAUCAAAGCAGAGAUAAGCUGGCUCAGUGCAGGUUGUUAAACUGGAUUUUAAAGAUCAGGUGAAAACCCCCCAAAAUAUAGAGCACAUAAAACAGCAACACUUCUGGAGCGAGUACGACAACAUACAACUGUAGAGUCACAUGGCUGACAGCGUCACAUAGUUAGUACUAAUGUUAGUGAGCUUCUCCACCAGCUCUUCGUUCGCUGUCAAACUUGUCUUUGUGACUUCAGUCUCAUCAUGUAUCUGUGUCCACGCCCACACACGCCCAGGACUUACAAGUGUAUCUGCAUCAACAUGUGCAGAGCUACACAAUAAUACAUUUGAACUGCUAACAGAUAUGACAAACAGAUGUGACCUGAGUAAAAUUUGCACUUGAGGAAGGCACUCAGAGCUGCUUGUGGCACUCUGUUUGUCACGUGACCCUAACCUUGCACGUUGAAACAGCUCAUCUCCAUCACUGCAGACAUUUUUUUGAAUGUGCAUUGUGUGUUGAUAUUUUCACCAACUCCACUGAGGGCCUGAUUCACUAAGAAUCAACUGCAGCUGCUGUAAGCACCAUGAAUUGUGCGCCAUAUGCUCCCACAAUCUGCCUAGUGUAAAUCUAGUCUAAUCACAAAGCAAAUAGUGCCAACGAUUUUCAAGCGCAAAAACACUUCACAAGUUCUGCAGCUGUGUGCAGUUAGCUCAAGUGUUGCGUUUUCAUCGUGACUGUCAUGAGCCGCAACCGUCUCCUUUGCUGUGCGCUCUAACCCCCAAUUUCCAGUGCACCCGGAACAACUGUGAAAAGGCCGUAUCCGUGUAAAGUAAAAAAGUUGCACGUGCUAUUAGUGGGCGUGUUGUGCGUGAUCUACUAUCAUUUCGUGCGCAAUUCGUCGUCGCCAAAAAAUGAAGAUUGAAGCCAUAGAGUUGCACCUUUCAUUUUGGGGAACUGCAUAAAGGGCAAGGCAAGUUUAUUUGUAUAGCACCAGUCAUACACAAAGAUUCAAACAAUUUAUAAAUCAACAAGACAAACAGAUACAUUUUUUCGUCUGUUCCAUGUUUGACCUAUUUAUUUAUGAAAACCGUCAUUUACCAGAAAAACAAAAUAAAUUACAGCUAGACCCGGAGCUCUGAAGCACAGAGUCUGCUGUGUUUUGUGUCAUUUACUGCAUCCCAAUGUGUAGGAACUGGAUACUUGCCGAGCUUUCGUGAUAUAGCAUUUAACACUUGGGACAGCACACCAGAAAAACUACUCUGGGAGACGCAUUAACUGUGAUGGUGCGCUGGAAUGAUCCAGAUGCAGGAAAACACAGUGUCACAAGGCGUUUAUCCAUAGGUGAAAUGGCAUGGAUCAUUUUUGUGACUGGCUACAAAUCAGCUCUUAGGUCACCCAGCAGCUCAAAAAUGGCAUUACUAUUACUAUCACUCUCAGUCCAAAUAUGUUGACAUGCGUGUGAACGACUCUCUCUCACUGUCGUCUGUUGGAGCAAAAGCUGCACAAUCCUUAAGUGAAUCAGGCCCUGAGAUCUGACCACAGUGUGCACUCUGGCAUGUUUUAAUAACAGUGUUAAUGCCCACUGUCAUAACAUUUCUCAGAUACGGAUUAACUUGUUUACACCAGGUGGAACUGGGGUCUGAACACCUCAGAUCAUCUUGCACGUCUUAAAUCUGAUGAUCUUCAUUAGAUCAAAGUCUUUACAGAUUAAAAUUCUCCCAGUGUCACAUCUCCUCUCAUUCAUCGCAGCAGCAGCAGCAGCAGCAGCUCAGUGGUGAUGAAGGUGGGUCAGGUAAAGGUGGCCUCAGCGCUGCACUCGUCCUCUCACCUUGACUCCUGUUAGUUUUAGGGUUUAGGACCUAUUUCAUGUACCAUGACUACAGUUAUAUCUUACAACUCACUCAACUUCAUCCAUACUUAAACUUCUGGAAUUGUUAUGUUUGUAUUAAUUAUGUAUACAAAACAUACUAUAUAUUUAACAGUUCAAUAACUUACAGUUUGAUUUUCUUUUCGUUCCUCAGGGUGAAAUGAAGCUUUAGUAUCUCAUAACCCACAUACAGUUUGUCCACAAAGCACAGCAAUAAUGAAUUGGUUCAUUUGAUGCUAAACUCAAACCUGCACGUGACUCCUGAAGACAAACGUUUUAUAACGAGACUGUUUCUAUUUGCUUUACGUUUGGAGUCACUGCUCCACCUUCAGCAGCAUUUUUGCACUGAAACUGUUCUCUGUUUUCUUUAAAGGUUUGUUUUUGCCUUUUUUUUUUAAAGUUGCUUGUAAAUGCCACUGUAUAUAGUGCAUAUUUUGUAAAGAAUAUUACAGCAGUGUGUCUGCUACAAACAGAACUGGAGGUCGACAUUGUGACAUGCACCUCUAUAAACAACAAAGUAAAUACCAUAGAAUUAAUAAUACAAGUUUGAAUUUGCAUUUGUUGCUUACCUGGUGAACAGCUCAACAGUGUGAGGAGCUCAGUGAUGUACAGUGGUACCUUCUCUCCACUCAUUUGCAUGGUUAUCCUUCAAAAAUGAUGUAUUCUGUUCAAGCAUUAACCCUGUGUAAAAAAUGUGAAGUAUGUAAAUACCAGUCCAGAGGAUUACAAAUACCUGCUUAUUGGUAUCAUCCAAAAUAAACCACCCUACCAAACAACUCUAUAGUCAAAGGGUUUCUGUACACACACUUCUGUCCGGGCUUCAUCUCAUGAGUGUCAAAUGUCUCUCUUUGGGUCAGGGAUGUACAAGGAAGUAAAUGGGUCCUCGUCAGGAUACAUAUCAUGGUGAAACUGCAGAAGCAUUAUAAAAAGUAAUGACAUACUCAUAUGUUUUUAUCAUCUCAACUGAUAAAGCCAGUCAAGCUAAAGACAUCCUGUUGCUGAGUUGGUUCAAGGCCGGUAUAGUUCACAAGUAGGAUUACAGAGCACUGGUUUGGCCUAGUGGUCCAGUUAUGCACCCCAUGUACAGAGGCCUGAUUAACAAAUGUCAUUUCUCACACCCUCUUCCAUUUUCUUGCUCUUUCUAAUGUCCUCUCCUCAAGAUAAAGGCAUGAAAGCCCACUAGUGAAACCAAAGGCAACCUAUAUUGCUCAUUUUUACUUAUUAAAACUCCUGUAGUGUGAAAACGGAUCAAAUUACAUACUCUUAUCAAUGUAAAUCCUCUUCAUGGCACUGUUCAGCCUUCAAUUUUGCUGUUUUUCCACUGGUAUAAAGUUAGACAGCUUGUAGGUGUUACUGUUUACACAACAACUCAAGAGUUAUGCCUUCACAAAAAUUGUCCGAGGCCAGUUUUUCAUGUCCAUUCAGCCAUGUUCGCUUGCAUUAGUUACUAUGAUAUUGGCCUUUGUUUACUUGGGAGUCAUCAGUAAAGUGGUGAGCACUAACAGUAUGGUUGUUGUUCCAUAAACAUAACUCCCCACUUACAUUUUGUGUCUUCAUGACUGGGAAGGAAAAAUAGCUGUGACAUUUCGUCACAACAAAAAAAAAAAAACUUAUGCCCAACUUCCAGAGACUGAUUCAACAAAGUGCAGAGGGAAAUUCUGAACCAGCUCUUGGAUGGUUUUAGGCUUAAAUAAGCUGCAGUGGGUGCAUCCUCUGUAUUGUCCUGUUAGGACAGCAGAGCCUGACUUUGGGUGCAGAUAGAGCCUCCAGAAGAUCUCGAAUUCAGCCAUUCUGGAAACCGUAAAAUACAACUAAGAAUUUUAAUAUUAUAUAUUUUUAUUACAGUAUGGACUGGCCCGAUGGGUCUCCUUUAGAGAGGAAAAAGAAAAACCCAAAUGCUACAAAGGGUUUUUGUCUUGUUUUUAGCAAAAAAAGGUGUCUGUUUGAUUUAAUUUAAGCCAUAUUUUAAGCCAAAUCCAGAGAAAUGUCUUUCUAGAAACUGCAGUGUACAAAAAUUGAACAUGGACAUGGAACAGAAAUAAAAACAAUGAUAGCAGAUAUAAUUAAAACAGCAGUGUCAUUUUCCCUCCGAACACAGUGAAGUAAUUUCUGAAGGAAAUGUGUAACCUCAUGUUGGCGUUGCACAUUAGCUCAGCUGUUGUUCCUAGACAGCAGGGUUGUCACUAAUAAUAACACAUAUUUGAAAAAAUGAGACAGUCUGAGGAAAAGACCUCACUUUAUUUUCUUUAAAUAUAAAUGUUUGACUAUUUAAUAUUAGUUUUAAGUUUAUCACAUUAGGUUAGUCUGUCACAUUAUCUCAGCAAAAGGGACAAAAAAACUGUUCAGGCACACAGGCUCGUAAUUCAUUUGUAAAUUCCUUCCUUCCUUCAACUGUUUCCUGGUGAAAUGUGACAAAUUUAAAGUUGAACAUACAAUACUGGUUUGCAGAUAAUUAUCCCACAAAGAGAACAAACCUGAGAUGGUUUUGUCGCCUUCAUAGUGGAGAGAGGGUACAGUCUGAUAUCCAAAGGAAUCCAUGCUUUCCCUUUGUGGCAUCAUGGCUGAGAUGUUGUUUUCCUUAUUUUGCUGUCUUUAUUUUGUGUGCUGUAAUAAAAAUUUAUUGAACAGUAAGAUCUGCUGGUGAAUGAGUCUGUUUGUCCAAAUACAGCGUC